UACCUUAGAGGUGAUCAGAGUUUAUUUAUAAUCGAUUUUAUUGAUAAAAAUCACUUCAAAACAAAAAGGUUUAAAAUGACGGUGUGAAUGAACACAGUUUUUGUUACCAAUCUUUCACAUAUAAACUAAUGUUUUAAAUAUGUUCUGUCCUUGUGUCAGUUACAGCGAUGACCACACGGUGGCAGUAUUGCUCAGGGCUUGAUGACGGAUGUUGAUAGAGAAAUAAAAAAUGAUCCUUUAAGUGAUAAAAUACUGGAAAAAGUCAUCUUAAAGGACACAAACCACAGUCAAAAGAUGAAAAAUCAAAGAUGAGAGUUUAAAUUGACAACAAAGACGUAAAAAAAUCAAUUACAGUAACAAAAAAAUUAUAAGAAUGACAAAAAAAGUAAAAAUAUCUAAAUGCAGAUACAUACUGAUAGUAAGGUGAUACAAAACGGUUAAAAAGGUUAAAAAAUACAUUGUUAAAAUUUAAGAAAGGAAGUGCAAAAAUGACCAUAGACAAAAAAACAACAAAAUUACCAUAAAAAUGACACACUAUAGUCAAACAAAUGCACAAUAAAAAAUCAAAACCUUGAAAAUAGUCAAAUAAAAUCACCAAAAUGUCCAAUAAGAGACUUAAACUGACGCAAAAAAGAACAGAAAUGGACUCAAAAUGAUUUUGAAAACACAUAAGGACCUGAUGUUAUUGUUAAAUGACUGAUAACUGACACUGACAAAAUAGAGGUAGAGAAAUAAACAUAAAAUUUCUUCAUAGGAGACACAAAAUCUACAAAAAAUCCAUCAACUUUAUCUCCAAAUCACAGCAAAGACAAACUGAAGUGAGUGGACCCCAAAAAGAGGACAGAACUAACCAAUAAAGACCUUCAGUGGGUCACACCUGACAACCAAAGUGGCCAAAUCGCAGCUCUGACAGUUUCCUGGGAGGAGAUGUAUGAGGGGUGAUCAAUGCCACAGACUGAUCUCGAGUGGAAGUGAGAGAUCCGCUUCCUGUAUGUGGGGAAAAUAGUGCCACAAUCCUGCUCCUUGUUUUGUUUUAUAGGCACGAAAUCCAUCUUGAGAUUUAAAUGUUUUUAUUUUUUUUGCAGGUCCUGUGUUUGAGGAGAAAAACAAGAUUUUUGAUUAAUGUUAAAGUUUUAUUUAAUGUUUUAUAGACUGUUUCUGUGCAACGUCAUCGCAUGAAUUUUACUUUAUUUACCAGGUUGUGACGUUGUUUUUGAUGUUUCUAAUAUCAGGAGCAGGGAUGUUGUGAUGUUUGCCGAUUGUUUGUUUUGCCGAUUGAUACAGUUUACGUCACAACAGCUCUUUGUCGAUUUCUUUUUCCACUAGAAAACAAAGAAUUAACGUCCCUCUUUCCGCCCCAACGCUGCGCGCGAACACCUGCGAUGACGUCGCACAGAAACCCGCCCAUAACCUAACAUGUUAAUGUCCUCUCGUCACCAGAAUGUUCCAGGUCUUGUUUUCUCCCCACCCCUCCCUCUCUCCCUCUCUCUCUGCCAGCCUGUGGCACUGAUCACCCUCCAUACCCUCCGGGCAGCGUGGUAGGCACAACAAGCUCGGCGGUCUCUCCUCACUCCUGCUCGGCUCCUCUCUGCAGUCCCUCCGCGGCGGCGCAGACAGGACCUCACCGACCCGCCCGGAGAAAUGAGCUCGACCCCCGCCGUCCACCACGCACUAACGUGAGCGUCCCCCACUCCUCCACGGACACACUAACACCCACGCACAGACGGUCGGUGUGCUGUUGACGGAUCCUCCUCCUCCUCCUCUUCGCUCGGCUCGGUGUCGGACAGUCCCACCCGCAGCACGGACCAUGGCGGAGAGAAGUGGCCGGUUGAGUUUCCCCGGGAGCGGGGCUCUCAACAGACCGGUGCCCAUGAACCUGUUCGCGACCUGGGAGAUAGACGGAUCGUCCCCGAACUGCAUCCCGAGGUAAGAGGACAGCUUUCGCUUUCUGUGUCCCUGCUGUCCUUUUAAACUUUAAAGCUCCUCAAUGCGCCAAACAUGCAAACAAGCUGUCAUUCCGCCGCACUCGGCAGGCGGGGAGCUGCUCCCACCGUGCCAGGCAGGAUGCCCAUGCAGGCCCCUGCACCGGGAUCCACCAUCUGCAGUGUUUCCAUGUCAUGGUGGAUGUUGGUGAGGUGAAGUGUGGUCAUGUCUCCUCCACCUCCAGCCCCUCUCUCUCUCUCUGUAGGUCUGAAAGGUGUUUGCUCUGCAGAUACUUCCACUCAGCUGUCAGCCUCAUGCCAGAUCAUUGUGCCAGGCUGCACCAUGGAGACCGUUUGGCUCCGGUGACCCCAGAGACCCAGAGGCAGAGCUCACACCGGUGCAGAUUUACUGCUCAGGCUGGAUCAUUACAGCGACUGGAACAUUUAGGAUGUUGAAUCUGGUCUUUAUUGGUCUGUAGUUUCAGUUUUGGUGCUCCAAUGUAGUUCGGGAUGCAAAUAUCAACUCUAUGAUCUAUUUUUGAUCAUUUUAUCUUUAAUUUUUAGCAAUAAAGCUCCUGAAACUGGUCUUCAUCGGCCUUCUAGUUUCAGUUUUGCUGCUGUUCUGUGGGUCAGGUUUCAGAUACCAACUCAAUGAUAAUUUUUUUAUGAUUUGAUCUUUAAUUUUUAGCGUUAAAGCUCCUUAAAAGCAAGUCUUUGUUGGCCUUCUAGUUUUGGUUUUGUUGCCUUGAUGUGGGUCAGGCUUAAUUAUCGGCUCUAUGAGACAUCUUUGAUCAUUUUAUUUUAAUUUUUAGCAUUAAAGCUCCUGAAACUGGUCUUUAUUGGCCUAGUAGUUUCAGUUUUGUUGCUCUGACAUGAUUCGGGCUGCAAAUAUUGAUUUUAAGAUCUAUUUUUGAUCAUUUUAUCUUUCAUUUUAGCUCUAAAGCUCCUAAGAACUGGUCUUUAUUAGUCUUGUAGUUUCAGUUUUGCUGCCCUGAUGUGGGUCAGGUUUAAAUAUCAACAUUAUGAGACAUUUUUUAUGAUUAUAUCUUUAAUCUCUAGCGUUAAAGCUCCUGAAACUGGUCUUUCUUAGCCUUCUAGUUUCAGUUUUGGUGCUCUGAUGUGGUUCGGGUUUCAAAUAUCGACUCUAUGAUCCAUUUUUGAUGAUUUUAUCUUUAAUUUUUAGUGUUAAAGUUCCAGAAAUUGGUCCAAAACCUAAAGAUAUUGUCUUCCACUCAAAUUCAGAGACCAAAAUAUGAAAACUUUAAAAUCUUUAGAUGGACUGAUGUCUUUUUGUGUACUUAAUGAAGCUCUUUUUCACGUUGGUGUGUCUGUUAAGGGCCCAAGUUCAUUCCCUUAUCCAUUUUGCUUUUAUGCAUCUUAAACUUUUAGGCGGUAAUGUCUUUAUUUUCAUGGUUGCAGCUGCAGAAAUGUGCAUCUCUGUGUUUUGCUGCUAAUCUAGAAUAUAACAGGAAGGAUUUAGUUUAUUGUUUAAAGAAGAUUUUCAGGAUAUUGUUUGAAAACUUGUGUUAAAAACCGUCACACCUCCAGCCUUCUCUCUCUCUCUCUAUCCUCUUUGGUUUUAGUGGGUUUUACACGACAGCGCAGCUUUUAACUGAAAUACGUCUAAUUCACUUCCAGGAAAAGCACAGCUGUGAUUUUUAUUCAACAGAGUGGACCAGGACUUGUCAAUCCCCACAUGACCCCGCAGGUUUUUACCGGAGCAGGAACAUUCGGAGGUGACUCUAAGUGACCCUGUUUGGAGGUUCUGCAGAGACUCUGAUCGGUAUCGACGGGAUCAGUCAGAGUCCGACAGCAGGAACUCGGCUUGUUAACGUCACGUCAGAUCAGCUGUCUGAAGGCGGAUAAACAGACUGACUGCUGUCCGUCUUUGGAGGUCACUUUGUUCUUCACUUUUACUUUUAGGGUCAAACACACCGUAACACCGAGUUAGACCCCCCCUCCAGAGAUGAAUGUUGUCGACCGCUUGCUUCUCUAGUUAUACCAACUUUAGGAACGACCGCAGGAUAGAAAUACAGAGAGACACGCCCCCAACCAAAACGCCACUCUAUAGCCAAAAAUAAUGCUCAGAACAGCACCUAACUUCAUCAAAGGGGAAAUAUAGGGUCACAGACAUAGUACUAGACACCAAACAUCUUUUUAACUUUGACUCAUUUCUUUAGCAAAGAGACUAAACACAACUCACCUACUCUCUUCCAGCAGCCGCUUGUUUGUAUUGAGACCUCAGGCCAGUCCAUUAUGGACUACAGCGGGGUGCCGCAGCUCAAGGAAGAACAUUUAUGAUCAUUUCUUCAUGGAACUACAAUCAGACCGAGACGCUAAGACAGAAGAACUAUUGUGUCUGCAGUGAAAAUGAUUAAUAUGGUGAUUAUUACUUCAAGGAAAUUAUCAUAAAUGUUCUUCCUUGAGCUGCGGCACCCCGCUGUAGUCUGUAAUGGACUGGCCUGAGAAGAGAGCUGCUGGAAGAGAGUAGGUGAGUUGUGUUUAGUCUCUUUGCUAAAGAAAUGAGUCAAAGUUAAAAAGAUGUUUGGUGUCUAGUACUAUGGCUGUGACCCUAUAUGUACUAACCUCAGUAGCACAUGUUGUAGUUCCGUUCAGUAACAGAACCUCAUUGGAAAAUUAGCUGAUUUAACUUUACUGUGCUCUUGUUCAAAUAUAUUAACCCGACAGCACAUAAAUCCAUACCUGUUAACAAAAUCAUGAUUUUAUUGAUAAUUCGGCUCAAUAAAAACACCUUUACCUUUUCAUUUUACUACAGUAGAAGUUUAUUGGCCCAGCUUAUAGGCUACAGAAGUGGAGAAACGCCCCCGCUUAAGUUUGUUUUCUUAGGAGUUAGAAAAACUCUGAAUCUAGUACUAUGUCUGUGACCCUAUAUGUCCUGUUGAUGAAGUUAGGUGCUGUUCUGAGCAUUAUUUGUGGCUAUAGAGUGGCGUUUUGGUUGAGGGCGUGUCUCUCUGUAUUGCUGUCCUGCGGUCGUUGCUAAAGUUGGUAUAACUAGAGAAGUAAGCGGUCGACAACAUUCGUCUCUGGAGGGGGGUCUAACUCGGUGUUAUGGUGGGUUUGGGCUGAUAAACGGACUGAAAUGAACAGCGAUGCAUCUUAAGGAUGAACGAGAAUAGAUUAAACCCUCCAUGACACCUUUGACAGUUCGUAUGAUCAGAGUUUUAACGCCUGUAGCUGCUCAGAGGGGAGGGGGGUCGGUACUCAAAGGAAACGGCCUCUGCUCAUCUGAGGAGAACCUCUUCACCUUCGUGAGUCUUGUUCCCUCUGAGGUCUCCGGCUCGUUGAAACGCCGUCUCUGCAUCAAUCACGUUUCCAGGAGUCACAUCAGGACACGUGCCGCUCCACGCCGAGAGGCUUAAUAAUCACCUAUCAGGGGUCAGCGAGAGACGGCUCAAUCAGCUCUCUCAAAGGAAGGUCAGAUUAUAAUUGCACGCUGUCUUAAAAAUCCAGAUGUGAAGAGAGAAAGUUGCUGCUGAAAUGCAAAAAUAGUGUUUUCAUAAAUCAGGUCAGGGAGUUUAUGAGGAUGUGUCUCUGCUGCUGCUGCUGCUGCUCAGGAUGAAGGUUACAGGAGGGGGGGUUGUCCUGAUCCGACUCCUCUGCAGCCUGUCUGAUACCCUGAGAGUGAAUGAAGGAGGUACUUUAAUGUUUAGUCAUCUUAUCGUGAGGAGCAUUUAAAUCAGCGCCUCUUUAUCGCUCAGAGCGUCUGAAUUCGUUCCAACGAUUGUACGCUCCUCUCCAAAGCUGGACCUGCCUCCUAAAGUGACUCUUCAGACCCGGAUCCUGCAGAUGGAUCUGACUACCUGAGGUUUCGCGCUCCGAGUGAGGCAUGUCGCGGGUUAUCUCGGUAUUUUUGAAGUGGGCAUCAGUUGCAUUUCUGCACAUCAGCCCACAGGCGCGAGGCGAAGUGCCGCGAGAGACGGGGCCAAUUCCUGAGACAGAGCCGGGAUUGAACGGGCCCUCGAGUGGCAGCUGGACCCAGUAGGCCGUCAUAUUUGGGCCUGUUGGAGGCGAGAGUGCUGAGAUGUCGCUUUGAGCUGCAGAGAGACACUCGCUCUUUUGUCCCCCCGGCUGCCCGGGACGCUCACACUGCGGGAAUUUCGAGUAGGAUGAAUGAGGGUCGGGUUAAAGCCUCUCAUUGUUUUAUGUUCCCUUUCUUCUUGUUGUCCUGCACUCAGCGCCCGAUCUGUACCAACCUUUGACAGUUUACACAAGACUGGAGAGCGCACAGUCGCACCAGCGGACAUGUGAGGCACUGUUAGCCAAACAUGCUAACAAAAACAUGCUAACAAAAACAUGAUAACAUGCCGAUGAUGACAGGAGAUCUCUGAAACCGACCGAGUUGCUGAAGCUGAAGAUCGGCGUGAAGAUCAACUGAUAAACUGAGGGCUGAGCCUAACCUUCACGUUCUGCCUGAACUAGAACCAUGUUCACCUGAAAUACUGAGAUAUAGAUAUUGAAUUUCUCUUCCAGGAUCAAUAAACUUCUUCUUCUACUAAUACUUCUUCUUCUUCUUCUUCUACUUCUUCUUCUACCACUGCUUCUUCUACCUCUUCUUCCUCUUUUUUUCUUCUUCUUCUUCUACUUCUACUACUACUACUACUACUACUUCUACUACUUAUUCUUCUUCUACCACCUCUUCUCCAAUUAACACUACUACUUCUACUCCUUCUACUAAUUCUUCUUCUUCUACUACUUCUUCUUCCUCUAUUUUUCUUUUUCCCCUCAUUGUUCUUGUUCUUGUGCUUGUCCUUCUUCUUCUACAUCUUCUACUUCCUCUUCUACCACUGCUUCUUCUACACCUUCUUCCUCUUACUUUUUUCUUCUUCUACUACUUCUUCUACUUCUUCUUCUACCACUUUUUCUUCUUCGACUACAACUACUACUUCUUCUACCUCUUCUUCUACUAAUUCUUCUUCUUUUACUUCUACCUCUUCUUCUACUUCCUCUACCUCCCCCUUGUUCUUUUUCUUCUUCUUUUACUACUACUUCUACUUCUUCUACUGUCUCUACUUUUCGUUUUUCUUCUUCUUCUACUACUGCUAAUUCUGCUUCUUUUUCUUUUUCUACUUCUACUUCUUCUAUUUCUUCUUCUUCUACUACCCCUCUUCUGGAUGUUUCAGAAACUCAGUUUAUGAUGUAAAUCUGUCGGUCUCACAGAGCGAGUGGGUUUGACAGGGAGUCAGAUAUUGCAGUUCUGUUUGGGUCGAUCUGGAGUUCGUCCUCUGUGAACCAUGAAGGUCUGCAGGUCGUUUCUCAGUGAUCUGGUCCUGUUCCUUUCCUCCUGAACCCCCUGACUCCUGACUUUGACUCUUGUUUUCGUACAGAUGUUCCUCCCCGCCAUGUUCAGACGGCCUUAUGUAAGACACCCGUCCUCCUCAGUUAUGCUGAUGCGGCGCGUCCUGGAGGGCAGACAGGGCAGGACGGGGAAAGGGCAGACGCCUCCUCGCUCCGCGUACUCCCACAAACAUUUGAGAUGCUUUGCGACGCUGCAGGCCGAUCAAUCCCGCCUCCAGCCGACUCUCUGCAUGCACCACGUCUGACUGAUGAGAUCUGGUUUUAAGGACCCAGAAUCAGUGGGAUCUGCUCGGCUCUGCUCUCGGCUGCACACAGAAAACACCUAAAAAGUCAAACAUCAGAUCAUCUGCAGCGAUUUAGCGUCACUGCCGGGACAGACGAGACCGUGACAGAAACUGUAGUGGAAGUCUGGUCCUGCGGCAGAUAAUGUCCAGAUGAUAACGCGCAGACAGAAACAACAGAUUACCUCCAAUAUCCUGGUUUAACCCCGGGCUGCGGCGCCAAAGAUGAAUUUGCGUAUUUCAGCGGCACAUUAAGAAACUGCAGAGCAACAAAGACGAUAAUCUCCUCUGAAGAAAGGAAGACAGCUUUUGUGUUUGAGGAGUGAAAUACCUAUGGGCUGUGCGGUAUUAAACGUGGAUCUACAGCGCCGCCGCCGAUGUCUCAUUACCAUACUCCCCCCCGCCGCAUUACAUUCAUGCUAAUUAGAAAAUGGGGACAAGCACAUGUGCAGCUGGAGAUAUGGAGUUUGAGGACGGCGUAUUUGCAGCUCGCUCACGUCUUAAAGGAAAAUGUCAACCUUGGACGAUUGUGGUGUCGCUGUAAAUGUUCAUGACGUCCUGAUCAGACGGCGUUUUAGUCUAAAUAGACCUCAGGGUGACGGAGAGCAGACCAAACGACAACUAGGUCCACGAUAAGAAAGGUUUCCUUGUGAGGUUGAGUGAGAUCGAACCCCCUCAUGUUCGGGCGAAGGGUCUCUGAAUCACCCUCUCAGACCGCCGCCUCCUCGUGACCUUCUUUCUCCUGAGAUGUUUGGAUUUGCUGCGUUUUUUCAGCUCACACUCUUGUUGUGUUUCGAAGUCUUUUUUCCCUUUUCCCGGUUUCAUCUGUUUGAGGCAUUGUUUGUGUUUCUGUGGCGCCACAUCCACAUAAUGAGGCGUUCGGGAGUCUGGGAUCUUUUCUGUUCAUUUAACUCGAUUUAAAUUUAGAUCAUAUUUAGACGGUAGGCGGGGUGUGCGCGCCGGGCGUGUUGCUCUUAAAACCACAGAUAAUACAGCCUAGUUAUGAUAACGUCCACCUGAUUGAUUAACCCAAAUCCACCAAUCUCAUUAGCUAAUAGAUAAAUCUCCUGUAAAGAGCUUUUCGGUGUCGUGUUUUUACCUGAUUGUUGGCGGCAGAGGCGGCCUUAAUUCCACAUGUAGCUCGAAUUAUGAAAAUAACUCUGUGAUUACACAGGCCACUCCGGGUCUGUUUACUCUCUCUGUGUUGCAACACUUUUCAGAGAAUGAGGUUAUUGGACUGAGAAGGCAGAGUGAGAUUUAUCAGGAGUUUGUGUCCGACGUCGAUGAGAUCAUGACUUUUCUCUGAUUAUAAAUCCUGUUUUGUUUGGUUACUGUUUGACAGGAACAACUCUGAUAAUUGGACAAGUAUCAGCUGACUCUCAUUGGCAGAAAUAACCUUUAAGUUAUGUCGAAUAACACGAAGCUUUCUCCGGCUGAGAUUCAAUUUUCUGCCUCAUUUGUGGUGUAACUUCUCGUUCAUCACCUCAGCUGAGUGUUUGCAGAUCAACAUUUGACUUUUUUAUAUUUACAUUUUGCUCCUGAGGCACGAAGUCUGCUGUAUUAUUCAUCCUGACCUAUUAAGACGUUGUUUUGAUUCAUUUUCUGACACGCUGAGUUUCCAUAUUUACGUAUUGAUUAUUCAGGCCUGUGGAAAUGUGGAUUCCUGCACCGAGCGGAGUUAUUGCUGUUUUUAUUUGAUUUGUGAAUCCAAACACCGACUUCCAGGGAAAUCCUUGUCAUACAUUCGUCACUGAUUUCCACGGCAACAGUGUUUACUUUGCACUUUGGCUGCGUUCAAGGCUAAAGCGUCCAUGUGUUUGUGGCAUUGGUUGUUAAAUGUUUGCUGCAGUGUGUUGGUGUUUUUAUUAGCCAUUUCCUCGGACGUUCAGUCCAGUUAGUGUUGAUAACAGUGAGGUACUCGGGUUGUUUAAGAGGCAGGGAUAAAAAAUAAAAAAACUGAACAUUGAAUUGUACUUUAUCCAGAGCAGCUAGAGGCUCUUUGUUUACACUUUUGUCCUCUGAAAGGAAAUCUACAGGGAAAUUUUUAUGCACAAAAUACACUAAGAAGGCAUUUCAUCACAUUUUAGACACUAAAGAGCAAAAUAGGGCGCUUUGUUUACAUUUAACACACCUGGAUGAGCAUUCAUGGAUGAUUUUUUUUACAUUUCAUCCUCUAAUUAUAGCUGCCAGGGAGGCGCUUUAUUUACAAGUAAGCUGAGGGCGCUUGAUUUACAUUUUAUCAAUAAUAAGAGCAAAGUGGACACUCGAAUCACAUAGUACAUUGAAGGGACAUUCAAAGGCACUUUGUUUACAUCUCAUUUCCUUAAGGAGAACUGAGAGGACACUGGACCCAGAGUUUUUACACUAAGGGCUUCCAGACGACUCUUUAUUUACAUUUGAUCCACUAAAGGAGCGACCACAGGAGGCUUUAUUUACAUAUUAUCCUCUUGAUUAGAAACAUGUGGACACUUAGUUUACAUUUUUUCUCCUCCAGGAACAACAGGAGGGCGCUGAAAUUACAGUUUUACUCUGUGAGCCCACAGAAGAUGGUUUGUUAACAGUUAUCAACAAAAAGAGCAACCAGAGGGUGCUUUAUUUACUAAUCUAUUAAAACAGAAACAAAAAGGCUCUUAAUUUACUUUUAAUGUACUUAAAAAACAACAAGAGGGCCCUUUGUUCUAAUGUUAAACAAUAAGAGGGCACUUUGUUUACACUUGAUUAACAGAAAGGACACGAAGUUGGCACUUUGUUUACAUUUUAUGCAAUAAAAUUUUAUUUACAUACAGUAUGAUCCCUUAAAAAGCUAUCCAAAAGGUGCUUAAUUUCCUCAAUACAGUUUACAGUUAAAAAAAUAACAAGAGGAAACUUUUAUAUUUAUGUUUAGAGAAGCAAAAUGAGGGCGCUUUGUUUACAUUUAAUGCAAUAGAAGAUCAACCGAAGGGAAACUUUAUUUACAUAUGAUAUCAAGUGCUUAAUUUCCUCAAUACAAUUUACAGUUAAAAAGUAACUAGAGGAAACUUUUAUAUUUAUGUAUAGAGAAGCAAAAUGAGGGCACUUUGUUUACAUACGUAUAUGUAGAUCGCAACCAGAGGGUAUUUUGUUUACCUUUAUUUUGAAACACUGGUAGAAUGGGACUUUGUUUACAUUAAUUCACUGGAAGAGCAUCUUCAUGUUUUCCUGCAGGAGCCUCAGAGAGAGUUUUUUUGUUUCGUAAUGUUUUAUUCAUCACAAAAGCAUCUAAGCGGGGGCACUCGUGGUGUUUUUUUCAGACAUAUGGGCACCGGGUGUUGCCCCCGUCACCCCCCUCUUGGUCCACCACUGUUUGACACCUAUUUUUGAUUAUCUGACUCGUCCAGUUUUGGGGUAAUUUCAGGAUGACCCUGCAGGCUGGAUUUCCAGGUCUGCCUCUCACAGCAGGCAGCGUGAGAAGAGGGAGCGGCUAUUUCAGUUCUGCCUUCGCUCAGGCUUAAGGAACUUUUUCAGAAUUCAGAGCAUGGAGGAGAAAUGUAGGUCAGGCUCCUUUUUAGAAAACUUGUGGCCGGGAAGAGAGCUUAGGAAGGUUUUAACAUAUUGUAGUCAUUAGGAAAGCUGCUGUGCCACGUCUGGCAUACUUCUCCUGGGUGGCUGAGUCAUACGACCUCUUUCGGGUUCCCUCCCUCACGGAUUGGCUGGACAGAUGGACGCAGUGAAAAUCCUGAGGUUGGCAUCGGUAGCUUAAACCCUUCAUCUCUGCCUCUGGAUAACUGUAGAAAUGAGCAUUCAUUAUCGCUGCCAGUCAGAAAUAAGCGUCACUUUACAAGCUUGUAAACAUAACCUCUCUGGCCCCCCCCAGUUGCUAGGAAAACCACCACGGCUAAUCUAUUGUGAUACAAACAUCCACUGAAACUGGAGAGGUUUUAAUUAGAAGAAUAAGUGACUCACAUUCAGGUCUGGUGACUGUGUAUAGUUCCCUGAUAGCUCUGUUUAUAUCAGCCUAAUCUAGAGAGAGCGGUAUGUGGUUGACCUGUUUCUGGAAAGAGCCUCAUUGUCUUUCUGAAUAAUACUCCUCACACACGAGAUGGCACAUGUGAAAGACAGGAGACACAGCUGAGAGGACAGACGGUAGAAUUUGGGUUACCUUGUGAUAUGUGACCCAGUAAAAGAAAUAUUAUGCUCCGACAACCGGGAGCUUAUCGCUGCAGCCGUCAGAACCGAGGAGCUGGUUGUCCAAAAAUGGUGCUGUGGUCGGCGCUCACGCUCUGCGGUAUCACACAUAAUUCAAACAGACCGGAUCCGCUCGUUUUAAAGUCGAAAACAAGAUCGGGAAGGAAAAAGUGAACCAAAAACUCUGAGCUGUUGUAGUGAAAGAAAAGGACUCGAUGUUUAAAGGCACCACAUGUUUGUUUCUGCAGCUGUUUUAAAUUUGAGGAUCUGCAGCCUCUCAGUUUCUAACCUGCGAUCACCUGAGUGGGUGGAGAUGGUGUAUUAACAAGGAGCUUCGCUGACUGGCUGUUGUCUGACAGGGGAGGGUGGGCGCUGAUUGGUGAAGGUGGAUGCAGAGGCGGAAAAACACCGAAAUGAAUUUGGCAAGCCCUCCAGGAGAACCUGUGAGAGUCCUCUCCACAGAGUCAGACGUGCAAAAAAAUCAACUCUGUGGAGAGUACUUGAACAGGUUCUCCUGGAUAGCCUGCCAAGUUCGUUUCGGUGUUUUUCCACCUCUGCAUACCGAUUGGCUGUUGUCUGAAAGGAGAGGGUGGGCGCUGAUUGGUGCAGAGGCGGAAAAACACCGAAACGAACUUGGCGAGCCCUCCAGGAGAACCCGUGCAAGUCCUCUCCACAGAGUUGAUAUUUUGCACGUCUGAUUUAACCUUCAACUGCAGCAAAGCCAGAUUUAUUGUGGGAGGAAGUGCUAUCACUGGUUUGCAUGCACGUCUAUGCAAAUCCCUCCUGUUGUUUUGUUACCACAGGAGGAAAUUUAGCUUUCCUCGCAGGUGCGCCUCAAAAACAACAACAGAGGCUCUUCCUACUUCCUCAGGGUUACUAGGCUGGAGGAAAACAUACGCAGACAUGUGCCAUCAUGGAAAAAUGUGUUUACGUUUAUGUAGCACCUUCAUAAAAAGAGCAGAAAUCUGAUAUCGCUCCGAUUUAGCGUGUAAAAUUCCUCCAGAAUAACACGCAUAGUGCCGGAUGAUCCACGGCUCACAUUUCAGAUCCAUUUUCAUGCCGACAGGUGGUUAAUAUUUGACAUUCAAAUCCUGGGGUAUUCCUUCAAAUAUGGACACACUGCAUUUAACAUAACAUUCACCCGAUGGAGUUUGCACGGAUCUUGAACGCACCGCCGCUCGAUGAAAACAGUUCUGGGUGAAAUCUGACCCUUUUAGUCACUUCAGUCUGUAAACACUUUUAUAACGGGACAGAGCGCUCGUUUUUAACCGCCCAGUAAUGUAGAAACAUGUCAGAGGGACGAUUAGAGAUCCUCUUCAACCACAGCGCUCACAGAUAAAAGUGCAGAUGUGGUUUCGUUAUGACUGCACACUUAAUUUUCAGACGGCUGUAUAAUUACUCAGACAAAAGCUGAACCACUUUUAUUUAUUUUUUCCCUGUUAUGUAAUUUAAAGUCCUUUUAACCAUCUCUCUCUGUGUGGACGCUGUUAUCUAGGACACUUCAGACUCGGCUUUAAUGGAGUCUGAAGUGUCGGCCGAUUGUUUAAUCCACCAUUAGUCCACUUUUAUAACUCAGACAAUAACAUUAAACUCAAAAACAACAGUGUGUUUGAAUCCUCUGCUGAGAUUGGAAAUCCAGUGAACGACUAUUUAACGUUUAACAUUCAGAAUAAUGAUCCAGGACUAAGUAGACUGUUGAGUAAAUUAUUAUAAAUGUAGUUUUCUUCGUGUUAUCACUGAGAGUUUCAAAAACACCUUCCAAGGUGAAGACAGCUUUGUUGUUUUUGUUUUGAUGGUAAAAAAUGAAAGUUUAGGUUACAGCUGAGGAACUUGUGCUUCAGGAUUGUUGUUUAUAUGUGCCAAAUGUGGGCUGCUGGUUUAUUUCGGUCUGUUUUUUAGUGUUUAGAUUAACAUUUAUGAGCAAACCUCGCUGUUCGUCACUGUGCUGCAGCUUCAUUUCUUGGUUGAUACAAAACCAGCAACAAAGUCAGACUUUUCUAACCAUUGAGGCCAAAUUAGGGCCAAGGGUUGUACUACCUCAAACCUGGGAUGGUUACCUCCACUAAUUACAUCGACUUUAGCGUCCAACGUGAAGAAAAAAAAUCUAUAAAAUGGUUACCUAACAUUUAUAACUUCACUUUUUAUGGAUUUAUAAGGAAGGUCGUUGUCCAAAGUUGCUGUUAGAAACACGAACACAAGAAAAUGUGCGACUUGAUCUUGGUGCAUGGACCGUCUCUGAUAAGGCAAAUAACCAAACGUGAUUUCAGCCAAUCAGCUACCUCUUGGCUUAGACGUGAAGUGGUUUUAACAGAUGUAGCACCUUGUAAGGUUGUCGUCUUCAUAGCUACCAUGUUGUGGUUUGUGUCUGUUUUCUUCACUUUGUUAGACGUCUCUUUCACUCUGCUCCUCAUACCAUCAGAUGUUUCUGCCACCGUGUCAACAGGCAGAGGGGAAAUUUCUAGUCUCUGGCUUUGCUCAUUUAGAAUUAAUUACCGUCAUUGUGGGUUUCAACCAUAGAUGGUAUAUAGAAUGAACGCCGUCUGCCUCCUUGCUGGGUGGAGCCACUCCGAGAACAGCACCCUCUGGUGACGGGCUGCAGUAUAGGUCAUAAAUCCCGCCUCCUCCAGACAAACUUCAGAAACACAGAAUAUAAUUUUUUGUGAUGUUGACAUGUAGUUACUGUCAGACUGGUUUGUGUUCAAGUCCUCUUUUUUCUGUACAGCUCCAUUUUUAAAAGUUAUCAUGGGGUUCAUGGGCGUACCAAGAUUGCGUAGGUCACCCCGGAGGAUACGCUGUUAAGCCGAGCGUCAUCACAUCGAAUCUUGGUGACUCUCCCGCUGAAUGCGCACAACGCUACUGCGCAAUGUUGGUUUCAGGAAGUGGAGAAAAAACGCGGAAUUACCAAGAACUUUUCGGCUUCAAAUCCGUAAACUGGCAGAAGGCGGAACCAAGUUGUCCAGAGUAAAUACAGUCCAUUUUAAAACAGCCACAGUGAUUGGACAGAAAGCUGAACAGGUUUUUUUAAUUAUUAAUCUGAAUUUGGGUCAUGAUGCUGGAGUCCCAGAUGAUCUACGUCUGUAUUUAUCGACCUUUAAACUCAAACUGCUGUUUUUAUGAGGAGGAACAAAUGUGUGUAAAUGUGUGUAAAUGUGUGUCUCAGUGUUUCCUCUGACUGUGUGUGGUUGGUCUUCUUGUUUCAUAAUGAUCUGAGAAGCCCCGUGUGCACAGCUGAGCUGAAACAGCAUCUUUUCUUUGGCCUGCCGAUGAUUAAAGUGGGUGUCCAGCAGUCUGGCAUCAUGGGUGGAGCAGAGUGGAGCAGCACGCUGCAUACAAAGCUCUCAUUUGUAUUCCGCUGCUCUCAAAGGGCACGGGGCAUUUUAUGUUCUUUAGCGGGUUUAAUUCUCUGCAGAACAUUAAAAGACGACUCCCCUCUCAGCUGGAUGCUUCAUGUUUCUCCUCCCUGACUCAGCUGGUCUAACCACAGACACCAGUGCCGACUCAGAACCUACAAACCCACCUUUUUCCUCCUUUUUUACCACAUUUACUCUCAAUAAACUCACAUGUGCAAAGUCACAUACAAGGAGGCGCACAUCCCGGGAGAUCUGAUCUGUUUUAGCGCCGUAGAGGUUUGAUGUAAGUUUCUAGGUCACUGUUAUCCUGGGCUGACUGACGGAGGGAAAAGAGUUCAUAUCUCCCUGUCUUGCAUUUUUAAUAGCUUACAUUCAUUAUGCAUAAAAAAAUCUUCUGGUUUGGUGAACGUAGCUCUCUACGUCAGUCACACUCCAGUGUUUUUCCCUCUCUCUCUCUCUCUCUCUCUCUGCCGUCAGAUAUCAUGGCGGAGGAUUUCUGGCUCAGGGGCAGGAGUGAGGAGAUUUGAUUAUUAAGCUCUUUCUUUGUGGACGGCUCUUCAGUAUUCAACAGCUUGUUAUUUGUGUGUUUGGCUGAGGGCUGAGCUUAGAAACGGCUCAGCUGUGUGUGAAAUAGAGGAGUGCAAACACGAGAGGAAAAUUAAUGUGGAUAUUUUUAAGUUUUACAGAUAAAGGAGUUAAUUAAGGACAACAGAACUGAGGCUGGAGCGCCGAUAUCUUCUCAUGUGAAUGUGGGCCAGAGAGGAAAGUUCAGUCUGUCGUUCAUUUUUAAAACAAAACUAAGUUUAAAGAUAAUUAUAUUAUUAAUAUAAUUAUUUAUUUAUUUAUUUAUUUUAUUAUUAUUAUUAUUAUUAUUAUUAUUAUUUAUUUAUUUAUUUUUAUUUGUAUUAUUAUUAUUAUUAAUAUAUUAUUAUAUAAAAUGUAAAAUUAUUAUUGCAGAUCUUACCUUAAACCAUCACGACCUAUACUGAGGUCUGAACAUGCCACUAUUAGAGAUUUCACGAUACGAUAUUCAUAAAAGAUUUUGGUCUGAUAUCGGCAAAUAUCUGAUUAUAUCGGAUCAAUAACGGUAUCAGCAAAGACUGAAGGCUAAAAUAGCAGUUUCAGCCAAUACUGAAGACUAUACUGGGUAUUUUUUCUCUAAAUUUCUAUUAUUGUUGAACUAAUUUUCAACUUAAUUUGCUAAAAGUAAGAAAACAAAAUAUCUAAUUGCUUAUAUUUAGUAUAUUUCACUUAUUUUGAGGCUGUAAAAAAAUUACUUUUUAAGUUAUCGCACCUUAAAAUACUUAUUUUAUGCUUAUAUUUAGGAUAUUUUGUCUUAUUUGUAGGGCUGUAAAAGUUAAAUUUUAAGCAAUCUGAUCUUAAAACCAGCAUUUUAUACUUAUUUUUGCUUAUAUUAAGUAUAUUUAACUUAAUUUAGGGCUGUAAAAGUUAAAUUUUAAGUUAUCUGAUCUUAUGCUCUACAUGCUAAAUUCUAGAUUUAAUAAUCUUAAUUAAAGAAAUCUUGUCAAGUGAAAUUAUCCUGCUGCAUGGACUGAUAAUUUCACCUGUUUUUAGUACCUUUUCCAUCAGAUUUAGUGUUUUUAUCUUGUUUUUUUUUUGCAGUGCAUGACCAUUACAUGUGUAACAGUCCUUACCAUGUGGUGGUUUGUGGUUUCUUCUCGUCUGUUUUCUUCAAUUUGGUAGAUGUCCCAUUCACUCCGACUCCUCCAGCUGCAGCUCAGUGUAUUUCAGCUCCAAAUUUACCUGAAGGGAUUCUCAUUUGAAGAAUAUAACCACCUGCUCACUAUACAUCACCCUCUAACCUGAUCUGCAGUCAGAUAUCUAAAGUUUUCCAGAAAGUCUCAGAGAGCGUCUCGACUAAAUAUGAGAAAAACAGACGUAAACAGUGAGUCUCUCUGAUAUUAAACUCUGGGAUUAAAGUUCCCGUUUAUGGCUCACUGAAUCUCUUCCUCGCCGUCGCUGUGAGCUUCACUCCUCCUCUGAUCAGCCUCUGGAGGACAAACAUCUGCAAACACCGAGCCAAAGGUCUGUGUUUGCUCCACUGCACCUCCAAUAACUCUUAUCUCCCCUGCUGUGGGUUUUAUGAGAUGAACUUCUCUGCUCUGAGUUUCAUUUAGCUGCUGUGGUGUCUGCCGCCAUAAAACCAGCAGCAGCUUCAGCACCAGUUUGGACGUACUGGGUGAUAAUGGGAGGGGAAUGAGACCGAUCAUGCAGGUCAAAUCACACUGUGCAGUAUUUGUUUUAACUUGAGUGAUUUUUUUUUCAGUGGGAGAAAAGUCGUAAUGGAAACACGCUGCUGUUGUUUCUGCGCGCCUGAUGAAGUGUCGGCCCACGGUGUGAAUUACUGAAUCGCGUCGGCCGAGUCUGUCUGCCGCUCGCCAAAAAGGUGAAGAGAGAAAAAGACAAAGAAAGAGUUUGAACAGGCGCUGCCACCAUCUGGUCCAAAUUAACAGUUUUCACUAAAAAACAGCAGGUUAAAGAGUCGGCACAAGAACUUUUCAUGGUUCCCAGAGGAUGAAUCUUGAUUACAUUUGUAAUUUUGUUAUUUAGCUGGAGCUACUGGCAAGGUUAAGUUUUAACAAAUCUGCUUGAGUAUCUAAAACUCCAUCAGGUGAGAUGGGAUCCCAAGAGGAUAAACCCCCAGACUUUAGGGUCCCCUGGGAAAAUUGGGAAGAAAUAAUUAAAGUUCUUAGAGGAUAUGUCUCUUUUUAAUGUUUCUCAGUAGAUAACACCGACAUAGGAUUCAGGCACCUAGUUUUCAAUGUUUAUCUAAAUCUGGUUGGCCUUAGAUUUGUUCCUGAUAUUCAGAGUCUCCAGAGGAUUGAUCUUACUGACUUUUUCAUCCCUCUGUAACACCCGUCACCUGGCCUGGCCGGUCAAAACUGGCCAAAGCUUCCACCUGAAAUAUCUUAACAAACGUUUGACAUGUUUGUUCAAAUUUCAAAUUGACAUUUGUGGUCCUCAGAGGAUAUAUCCUUUUCUAUUUGUAGUCCCAGUUAGCCAACACCAUCAUUGGAUUCAGUGUUUUACGUCUGACUUUUGUUAACUGGAAUUAGAGGACAUUUAGUAAAGACGUCUCACAUCUACGUUUGCAGAACAGAUUGAAGAUAUUCAUAGUUCCCAGAGGAUGAAUCUAAGUGACUCUUUUAUCCUCAGGCAGCACCUGGAGACCUAAAGCUGAUUAAAGAUUACACUUUUGCACUGAAAUAAAUUAACAAAUGUUUGAUACGUUGGUAAAAAAAACAAAACUCUGGAGUGUCAUUCGUAGUUCCCUGAGGAUACACCCUUUUGAGUUUUUUAUACUUGUGACCUUUGCUUGUUAUGGCUUCAUUGUCGUAGGUUUGACUUUAGUUGGUAAAGUCAUCUGUUGUCAACUCUUGUCAGGUGGAUGGCCCAAACGUUGUUAGAUAUUCAUGGUUCCCAGAGGAUGAAUCUGAGUGACUUUGUCCGGUUGAGAGUUUACUAAUUAAAUGAGGUUUUUGUUUAUGAAUCAUGACGUAAAAUUUGUGAAUUCUAUCAUGUUGGUUUGCGAUCAUUAGCGUCACACUUUAAAACUAAAAACACUAAAAUUCGCAGACGCUAAACCUCCUGUUUCUGUCGUGUUUGUUACCAUGUCGAUCUUUACUGACCGGUAAUCAGCCGCUCGUUCUCCCAUGAUGCAGGAAUAACCAUCUCCCUUUAAAAAUCAAUGAGCGUCUUUUGUCCUCUCCAGCUCUCUGUAGUUUGUGACCUCUGAGUGUGUGUCGUCUUUCAGUUUGUGUCAGAGAUUGAUGGAAGUAAAAUCUGAUCUUUCCAUCAAUCGUUGUCCUCUCUCUCUCUCUCUCUCUCUCACGUCUUUGUUUUUCAGGGCGACUUAGUUUGUGUCUUUGCCAAAUUCUGACUUAAUUUAGCUCUACGUUCCCUGAUAUAGAUGUAUGAUAUUAGACUGAAUUUGUUGAUGUUGUUUGGAAAGAGUCAGCUCAUCUCUGCAGCUUGGUAAUGAUAGUGCCAUCGUGGGUAACGUGAUAACGCCGAGGACACCUCUGUGAAGCGUGCUUGAAGUUAAUGAAAACGCCGAGCAGAUGCCAAAGUGAGACGAAAACAAAGGGGAGGCGUCUGAUCGGUGCUUUGUCUCCGCAGACUGAACCUCAGACGUGUUCCUGCGGCCUAAUGGAUCCCUCGAUUAAUAAAAGAUAAGCAGUCAAUUAUUGAGCUGUCGAAGGCGAGUUAGGGACGACACGCAGGGCGGAGGGCGCGGGGCGGGGGGUCAAAGAGGAGGAGGAGGCGUGUGAGAUAUUUCAUGGUUGAAGGAGGGAGGCUGUGUAACCUCGCCCUGACAUCAAAAUCACCUUUAUCCUGUUUGUUUGUCUUCUUUCGUCACCUAAAUCUAAAAAUCUAAGAACCAGUUUAAUUUUACUGCGGAUAAAACCUCUGAAUUUGUCUCCUCUUUAUCCGUUUUUGCGGUUUUCUGUUUUACUCAAAGCUCUUGUGAGCAUUUUUUUUUACUGAAAUUCAUAUUUUAGCCUUUUUGUGAUCUCCAAAAACGAAUAAGGUUGACUUUUUUUUAUACUGUAAGUUUUAAUGUUCGAAAAAUAUGUAUAAGGGUAAGAGUUUUUGUAAUGUCCACGUAAAAUACUCCCAAACAUCAAAUACUUGAUUGUCAAAAGUCAGUAAUGUGAAAUUUUGUCAUGUAGAUGACAAGAUAAGCAAAUACUGUUUGUCCACAGGGGGCGCCAAAGUUCACAUCAACCUAAAAUUCCUUACUAGAGCUUUAAUUUUUGUUUAAAAUAAAUCCAAAGAGUGCAAAACAUUGUCCUUUAAAUUUGCAAGAUUGGGCCAAACUUCUGUCUUAACUUUUCACCCAAUUUUAUGUUCUGAUCUUAAACAUUUAAUUGAUUUUACUGUUUUACUUUGACCGGAUUGAUGCACGGACUGGUAGUCGCGUAUAUGACACUUUAUAUCAUCAAUAUCGACAGAUGUACUUCAGUUAGCAUAAAAAAGAAGCUCAAUUGUUUAUUUUCCCUCUUAUUGUUUAUCAUCAGCAGAUACAGACAUGGAAAAUAAAAAUAAUUAGAAGUUGUCUGCCUCGUUGCUGAUGGUCUCGUUCACUUUUAUAAGUCAUAAAUCAGCGUCUCUGUUAAUUUCAGUCUGUUUCCUGACCAGAUAAAUCUCCUUAUAGUGGCUUUAAAAACACAAGAUCAUGACUCUUAAAUCUUCUUUCUGUUAAUGUAUUCAUUUUAACCAACCUCUGUAAAGUUUUCCAAUAUUUUUAUUCCCUAUGAUCAAAGUUUUGCUGUAGAUUUGAUGCCGUUUUCACUUGAUUUACUCCUCUCUCCUCUCUCAGUCUCGUUUUAAGACAGCUUUUAUGUCGUCGAGCCCUGGAGGUUGUUUUCCUUUUGAAGCUUUCGCGGCCUCUCUUUGUGCUCAUUAUUAGCCUGCUGAGUGAAUUAAAAAUUCAAAUUAUAAGCCCCACACACACUCACACACACACACACACACACACACAGACCUGACUGCGUGUUGUUUACACCGAACUAAUCAGAGGGAUACUGUUUUAAAAUGCAGCUGAUGUUUCUUCGUCUUCUUCUUGUCCUCUGGUUAAUUGUGCGUGCAGCUGUAAAAAUGCCAAAUGUCUCUGAUAAUUUCUUCUGCCCUUUCUGCUAAGUUGAUUUUUAUUGAGUUUAUGAAUUAAUGCAGCAGAAUAAACAAGUACUAGUCUGUUUAUUUUGCUCUUUCCUUUCUUUAAACACGGUCUCAUCUUUUCUCCGUCUUUGUUUCUAAGGUAGAAACGUGGACUCUCUUCCUCUCUCUUUCCUGAGUUGAAGCAUCUUCAUGUUUGUGAGGAGAAAGCCUCCGUCCUCGCCUCCUUGUUGUUAUUGUGCAGGCGGAGGCCGAGGUGUGAAAAGGGAAAACAGAGCUGUAAAAAUCUGCUGCUGCUGCUGCUGUGUGGACCUUCAGGGCUUAAUGAUCUACUGACACACAUUCGAACGAGCAAAUAUGAGCGUGGUUUAUGGAGGCGAGGCCGGGACGGAGUUUAGACUUUAGCCUCCAGUCGGCGGCGGUUUAUUAUUCAUGAGCAGCAGAGAGGUAGACAGUUUAUGUGUGUGUGUGUGUUUCUUCAGCUGUAAAUCCUCAGCUGAUCUGGAUGAGUUUACUUUCACUGAAGGAUUACCUGUUUUACUGCGGGUUCAAGAAACACGUCUAAGAGGGAGAAUUACUGCUGUAGUAGAAGUAAACUGCUGCUUCAUAUUUACACACAUAUAGAGUUAUAGUCAGAGUUUUAAAUCAGCGGGUGAAUGAAUGUCUGAGCGUCGGGUUAAACUGUCUCCAAUGUCCCAUCGUGAAAGGAUCGAGACUCUGAGGAGACGUGUGGUGUCCCCCUUUGAAACUGCAUUCUUAAAACAGUAAGACUUAAAUCGGUUUAUUCUCAUAACAUGACUUAAAGCUCCUGUGAGGAACUUUUGAUUGGCGCCCCCCUGUGGACAAAUCAGUAAAAAAAAAUACUGUUUUCUAAAAUAGAAAAGUCAGUAUUUUCCAAAAUCCGUUCUAAAAAGUAGGGUAUGGAAAAGUAUGAAAAUUCCAACUGUGUAGGAACACUGAUUAUUUCCUGACAAUAAAUCUCAUCCUCUGACUUUUGAUAGUCAUAUAUAAUUAUUUUGGGAAUAUAUAGGGACACCUACCCCCAUCAGUCUUUUCUCUGAUGCUCAUAUUUGCUUUUGUUUAUCAUUAGAAAGCAUUUUGGAGCGAGAAGAUGGAGCAUCGUACAGCGUUGUUUUUGUCCGACAUGAUGGACGCGCUACUUUUUCUGUAGAUGAGACGAACGCUACUCCUCUACUCUGGUGUUUUUGUUACGGGGUUACAGGGGCGUGGCGCACAUGCACAUGCAUUGUUCAUAUUCAUCAUAUAUCAUAUUCCGAUUUUGCUGGUAACACGGUAGAGAAAAUCGAAUUUCAGUCGCAUUAUCUGAGUGUCUUAAUCAGAGUUGAUUAGAGUCGGGCUAAGGUGUUUACAUGCACUUUAGUUGUCCGGUCUUAAUCGGAGUAAGGCGAUAAUUUGUUUUUCUCGAGUGUCAUGUAAACGUACUGACUGUCUGUAACUGUAGGUGCAGGUGUGUAUUUUCCUCUGUGUGUGUGUGUGUGUGUGUGUGUGUGUGUGUAUGAAGCACUCAGACGAUGUUCAUUCACAGACUCUUACUCCUGAUGUCAAAACUGUCGUCUCUCGUCAGAAGGGUUGAACUCGAAUCUAUUUUAAGCUCUGUGUGUCCUAUCUUUCGUGACAAGUGCGCGCACACACACACACACACACACACACACACACACACACACACACACUCUCCCCUACUGCUCUGUCACUUCACUACAGCGUCUCUGCAGCCAGCCGGUAAAUCCUUCAGCUGAAUAUUGCAUGAGCAGCUGAGCGGUGGAGCCCCCGGCACACGUCUGAAUAACGGGCAGAAAACACAGCAGAUUGAUCAGUGUGUGUGUGUGUGUGUGUGUGUGUGUGUGUGUGUGUGUGUGUGUGUGUGUGUGUGUGUGUGUGUGUGUGAUUAAAUGCUGUAAAGCUUGGUUUGGAUGCAUUUCAACAUGUGCAUGUGUUUCGCUGUUAUCAGGCCUGUUUGUGAGCUCAGUGUGUAAAUCUCUGCAGCAGGUUCAGGGUCGACUGCAGCUGGAUCUGAUGACACUCUUAGCUACAUGCUAACAUGCUAACAUGCUAACUGUAGAGUUUAACAAACAGACUAAUUUCAAUGCAGGUUAUCAUAAAACUGAGGAGUGGCGAAGAAGAAGCAGACUGCUGAAAAUUUAAAAAAAAAUAAAAAUAAAAAUCAAACAUUUUUUAAAAAAAUUAUUAAAAAAUAGGAAAAAAAUUAAAAAUAGAAAAAAAAUAUAUAGAAAUUGAAAAAAGAAGCAGACUGCUAAAAUCCUUUAAAAAAAUAAAAUUUAAGAAUAAAAAAUAAAUAAAUAAAUAAAUUGAAAAUAGAAAAAAUAAACAACAAAAAUGAUAAAACUUGCACUUGUUUGGCGAUUUUGUCCUGAUUAAUGCGUCUGUUUGUGUGUAUUCAGAAGUCUGAGAGUAUAAUGGAAAUACUGCAGAAAGAAAAACUCUAAGUCGUGGUUCCUGUCAGGUUGUGUGUGUGUGUGGGGGGAAAUACCUUUUAAUCAGCCAAAGGAGAUACCGAGGAAAUUUGGCAGGAGCAGCCGCUCACUCAGGAAGAAGCUGAUAAGAUUUUCGAGACCACCCCAACAAACCCUUAAAAGGGGUUUUAAUACAUCCUCCUAAAAAAAAACAAAGUCCUGCAGAACAAAAAUACAGGGAGAAAAAGUCCAUAAUGUGGUUUUUAAGAACGAGGACGGGGAUAAAAAUGACAUUUAUUUCUCAGAGUUGCUGUUUUUUCCACAAAGAGAGUUUGUGGGUGUUACUUUUUACACAGCUUACGAUGCUUACAAGAUACACUGAUUUUAAUUUAUUAUGAGUUUAAUUUAAUCUAAAGUCGUCCUAUUUUGAAAAACUUCCUCUAUGUUUACCCACAUUAGUUUUUAACUCCUCAGUAUUAAAGUUCAAAAACAUCAGUGAUCGUAAAUAACGUUGUGUCUGAGUCAAAGUUCGCUCUCCUGUCUGAGUUAUAUCCCCGUCCUCCUGUUGCGAGCGCGUCUCCACAGUCAGCUGUAAUUGGCGGUUGUUUUUGUGAGUCGUAGUCUGGCAGACAUCAGAGCUGGGAGCUGAAAUCUCGACAAAGACGCUCUGGCUGUCAGAUCGGUUUCUGCGCCGUCUGAGGUGAAUCGUCGGGGUCGAGCUUUCCUGCGUGUUGUUAUAUAACCUUUGCUCUUCUCCUCUCAUCUUUGUUUUCUUCUCUCCCUCUGUCUCUGUCACAAACUCGCGGCCUCGUGGAUUUCAGGCGUGAGGACGAGGACCUGCACUUAGUUUUGGGGUAGGCAGGCCGGGCGCCGAUCCAGACCCUCCCUUUCCUCUUCAUCCAAACUCCUCCUGGCAUCUCUCCCUGCGCUCGGCUCCGCAGGGAUUAUCCCGGCCUACAGGAGGGAAGAAAAACAAGAAAAGACUCCAAUUAUCACUCUUAAUCUUUCCACAUAUGAGUCACUUCAUGGCGUUUUGCACACUCAGCACUUUUUGGGGGAAAUAAACGGUAUUAGCGGUUUCACGUGAGCAAGUGCUUCCUCUCAGAUAAACAACAUAUGCUGAUAAAACACAAACUUCUCAACAUGUCGAGCUUUUCUGCAGGAAAUUCAGCUCAGAGUUUGUCAAAGUACGAACAUUUUGUUCUUAAAACUAAACGAAAAUAAAAGUCUGAUGAAGGUAGACUGACAAAGGAAGUAUAACCUCAAACUUUAUGUAGUUUAUAUCUAUGCUAACUCAAAAAGGCUAAAUCUUCCACCAUUUCUCUGACAACAUCCGUGUUAUUUAAAAUGGUUAUUGAUUAAAUUCUAUUUCCUAUUAUCCAGAGGUUUUGUGACAUUUCAUGGUCAUAUUAUCGUGUCAGCUCUCGUCUUUAUCGUGUCUUUGCCUCGUUUGCGUGUUGAAGUGAAAAAGAGGGGACCCAAGAUAGACCCCUGGGGGACGCCACGUGAAAGAGGAGGCAUACAGAUACAGUACAGCGCCACAUCACUGACUCUCAUACACUCAUAAAGACCAUAGACUGUUUAUACUACGGACAACUUAGUUCCGCCUUCUGCCUGUAUAAGGAUUUGAAGCCGAAAAGUUCUCGGUAAUUCUGCGUUUUCUCUCCACUUCCUGAAAGCAUCAUUGCGCAGUAGCGUUGUACGCACUCCACACACAAUACUGCCUGCAACCUAUUUGUGUGUUUGUGUGCAUGUGUGUGUUUGUUAGUGUGUUAUUCAGAACAGCUGAUCUUCAAUGAGAUCAAAGCAUCAAGGACAUCAAAGGGGAUUCCGGAAUUUUCGCCACAAUAAGAACUUUAGAAUGGAAGAAGUUUUUGGUCUCAUUGAUCUAAUGUGUGACAUCAUAAAGGAAGAGUUCAGUUGGUCACAAUCAUAGACCGUAUUUACUCUGGACGACUUGGCUCCGCCUUCUGCCUGUAUACGGAUUUGAAGCUGAAAAUCUCUCGGUAAUUCCGUGUUUUUUUCUCCAUUUCCUGAAACCAACAUUGCGCGGUAGAGUUUUGGUGGAAGAAAAUUUCUAUAAAUUUCUAAAAUUUGUCCACAGCCCCAUAAGCUUUGCUGGCGGGAUUUAUGACCUAUACUGCAGCCCGUCACCAGAGGGUGCGGUUCUCGGAGUGGCUUCACCCAGCGAGGAGGCAGACGGCGUCCGUUCUGUAUAUAGUCCAUGAUAAAGACACAAAGAUCGUCCGGUUUAACAGUUUAGUCUCGGCCAACACAGGAACAGAUUCAUUCACCGACACACUGGACUGGAAAUGUCUCUGUGACUUUGGAGUAAACAAACAUGGAGGAUGAGGAGAUGGUGGAGGUCUCUGAGUGGAGUAGACGAUGGAUGGAUGGUUGGAUCUUGUUUACUAACCUUACGUGAGGCGGGUGAAGCGGGUGAGGCCCACAGUUGGGGGGGAGGAUAACUGUGAGGUGUUGGUAUGGCAUGUCUGUUUGUGAGACUGUGAGGCAUGUGUAGAGUGAGAUACCGCCCACUCUGACGCAGUGUGUGUGUGUGUGUGUGCGUGUCUGUGUGUGUGUAAAUAGCUAGAGUGUGGUAUCUCUCUGAUGUUUGUGUCUCAGGUUUCAGUCUGAAUCAGGCGAACAGGCAGGACUCGGAGUCCACGGUGACCUCUGAUUCUUCUGCUCUUUUUUUUCUUCCCUCCUUUUUCCCUCUCGUCUGGUUCCUUUUUCUUUUACUUUUCUCCUUUUUCUUCUGCUCCCACUUCAUCUACCUUUCCCUCCCUGACUUCUUCUCCUCCUUUUCUUCUUUCUUCUCCUUUGUUUUCCUGUUUGCUUUGUGUUUUUAAUGCCAAAGCAUUUACAGAAAUCUCCCCUUAGUCUCCACCAGGUAGCAUUCUGAUAUGCCAAUGUGGAAAUGCCAAAAACUGUAACACCUCAAGUGUCCACUAGAGGCUGCCCCCAAAUUUGAGUGAACCCCAUAGAGCCCAAUGUUAAACUUAAUUAAUUCUUUAUUGCAGAUCUAAACGUCUAUUUUAACCCGAAAAUGCAUAAAACUGAAAAAAUAUAACAAUAAAAGUAAAAAACAAACAAAGAUAAAGCAGCUUGAGUGAGGGCAUUAUUAGAGACAGACAUGUUGGUUUGUGCAGAUCAUCGUCGUCUCAUAAAUCCUGUUGAUGACUGAAGUGUUUGUUAUAGAAAUGAUUGUGUUUACAGCUCUGUGAUCGAUUAUUUCUGUCAGUUUGGUCGUCUCUGUUUGGUUUGUGUUGAUUUUUCUCCCUGAAAUUAUCGGACAAAUAAUCUCUGGGGUUUAACGAUGUGAAACACGGUCCAAGAAGUCGUCCAUCCAGCCUUAGCUGGUUCAGUGUUCGUCAUGUAAUCAUUUAUUUUGGGGCGAUGGAGGCGUGGGAAACAGGAUUAAUGAGGGAUUUUCCCUGAAGAAACCCUGAGGUUAUUUUUAGUGAACCGAGUUUAGCUUUUAGUCGAAGAAGUGAACAUCUGCAGUCAAACACAACAUCUUAUUUUUGUGGUAAAAUGAGAGCGAACUCUUCAACCACAGGUGUUAAUUUUUACCUUUAAAAAAUCAGCCACUUAAGCUCCGCCUACUCACCCAAAUAUGGUCACAAAAAACACAGUUUAAGGUGUGAAAAACAGCCAGUAGUGAUCUCAGGUUGGUUUUAAAUGUUAAUCCAGUCUGUCGGUGAGUCAGUCACAUGUUCUCCAGCCUGUAAUUGAGGAGCCGACAGACGUGUGGGUCGAGCAGCGGGAGAUAAUAGAGGUUUGAUUUUCUUUCUUUAGAGCGAACGCCACUUUCACUCUCUUCAUACAUACUUAAUGGGCUUUAAAAUGACUCACUCAGUCGGCGAGGAGAGGACAGGUGAGCUCGCUUCGACGGGGAACAGGUGGAUGAUGGACGUGCGGAGACUGAACCUGCUAAUUUAACAGUACUUAUCAGAGCUAAAUGAAGUGAACGCAGCGAUGACAUUCAGAGCUCAGACCGCUGCAGGUUUUACUCAGAUCCGUCUCAUUACCUUCGUCUUUGUUGGAAACGCUGAGAUGGAUCAAUUUAAAAACCAGAACAUCCUCGCUGACAGAAUUCAGUGUUUCUGUACACCGUCAUGUCAAGCUACCAUACGUUGUCUUUUACUCGGACAUGUCCUCUUUUUUAGGGGCUGUUUGGCCUUGUCCAGGGGUGUUUAUAAAAUUCUUCAAAUGUCUGCGGUUUAGUAUGAAAGUUCAGAGUUUGUGUCAUGCGGAUUUAUUGAGUUAGGAGCGCAAAAAAAAACUCGAUUCGACCCGCAAAACUCAAAAUUUACUCCCCAAGACUCAGUGACUCCGCCCCUGCGUAGUCGCGUCCUUUUUUUGAGGAUUCAGAAUAUCAGUGCUGACAUGAGUGAGGCUUAAUUGGCCUUUUUUAACGUUGUUUUAUACCCUAAGACUGAUAUCCUCACCUCCAUGCCAACUGCAGCUUAUGCUAGUCUCAAGUAACCCACCAUCCGUCUUCAGGAGAGCAGGAGAACGUCAAGUGGGUUUAAAAUGUUGGCGCUGUUGUGUGUGAAAGAUAGUUAGAGACGCCAAGACCCGCCUUACGUUGCUUCUGAUUGGUUUAUAUUGCGUGGUGCCUUCCAUAGUUGGUUAGAUUUAGACACAAAGGACUGAUGGAUCGGUCUGGGAUUGGUUAUUUCGGUCAGUCGAUUAGAGUUUCUUGAACGACGGCAAGCUCAAGUUUAUUGUUGUUAAAAAAAUAGAUACAGAGUAUUGAACAGGGAAAUAUAAGUGUGAGAAAUGUCAAAUGUGGCGUGUGGUGUGAGAAUGGGUCAAAUUGCGUGACUGUGACACUCGAAGCGUGAUGAUUGGCAGCUCUGGAAUACAGUCACUCAAGUUAUGUCCCCAUAAAUAAAAGUGUUUGUGUAAGAUCAAAUGUAAAAGUCCUAACCCUGAAUGUUUGAAUGUUUAUCAGUGCAGGUUUAUGCAGAGGCUGAAAAAAACACUAAAGCAAACUUGGCGAGCCCUCCAGAAGAACCCGCUCCUCUAUGGGACCUUUAAAUUGAACCCUGACAUGCAGCAUCCAUCAGUGUGACAUUUGGCUGCAGGUUCAGUCUUUUAUACAGAAUAUUUACCCCCUAAAAGUGACAUUUGUUCCUUUUUCAGUCGUUUGAUGCAUGAAAACCAUCACUCCUCCUUUGGGUUUACGACACCGCAGCUCUUACAUCCUGAUUUCAACAUUUUCUCUCCAGUUGUGAAAUAUUUUUUGACAGGAUUUCAAUCUCCAGGUUCCACCAAAGCUCUCUCCGAGAGAAAGCAGGACUCUUUUUAGUCACUCAGGCGUCUUUGGAUCUCGGUUUGAGAGACAUUCCUGACAUUUUCCAUUUUCCAGACUCUGACAGGUGAUGGAUCUCUUUCUCUCUGACAGGAGAAAGUCCUCUCCGUCACACCGGCUCAAAGUUUCCCCUCCGUCUCCUGAAGAAUUGCUAUUUCUCAAGUUUCACUCCCUCCACUUCCUGCAGCGUUCAGAAAGUCUCAGCAGACUUGUUUUCUCGAGUUUUCUCAGUGAGUCACGGAGUUGGAGCUGCUUUGAAUCAGAGCGACAGCGCAGGGAGGGCUGAUGGACAGUGACGAGAGGAUGUUGGUUUUCCACAACCUCCAGAGACGUGAGAAUCGAGGUCACAGCAGCUGACUGACACACAAACGAAGAAAAAAGAAAGAGAGAGAGAAAGAGAGAGUCAGGAUGAAGUUUAACAAACACAGACGCUUGUUUAGAGACCCGACACCUUCAAAUCUGAGCCUCCUGGAUGACGCCCUUUCACUUUAAUGAGUCCUCUGGGUUUCGUUUCGCUUCUCCUUUAUCUUGUAACUCAUUUGCAAUCAUCCAAAAAGCCUCGACCCUCAGGGAGCGACGACAGACUUUUGGUAUUUCCAUGUAGCGGGUCAUUAAAGAGGAAGACUUCCCGCCAAGACUUUGUUUCUUUCUCUCGUUGUUUACAGUCUAGUUAGAAAGUUGAGAAAUGACUGUUUGUGGCGUCCAUGUUUACAUUCUGCAGCGACUCUCACCCUGAAUUUCCACCGCAUCCCGAACGGCUACAAAAAGGCCGUAUCCUCCGAUCGUAGCUGAUCUAGUCUAGAAGUCUAGAAGUAGAUUUCCUCCUCUGGAAGGACACAAUCUACUGCUUAUAUGUCUAUGUGUCUGUCUUUAUAGAGACAACUCGAUAUCAUGUGAUUGAACGUGAAUCUGCGGGUUCUUGUGAGUUCUCGCGAUUCCUGCUGUCCGUAAUCCGCCACGAACAGAUCCGGCGGGAAUUGGCGGACGGCAGAAAUCACCGCCAUUCCAGAUCGGAGCCGUUCCAGUGAAAAUUGGUGGUCAGGUGCAUGACGUGCCUCAGGUCAUGUGACUGUUUAAAUAGUCAAAUAUUCCGCAGUGCGUUUCUCGGCUCGGCCUUGGCGAUGUUUCUGCGCGGCGUGGACCUGCCUGAGGUCAGGACUCGUUUGCGAAACGAUUUCUCUGCUUUUUUCUUCCUCUCAGCCCUGAAGUGUUGAAGGUCGGCUUUAAUCCAAUUUCAGAAAAUGGAUUUUUCUCACAAAGAUUGGAGCGCGGAGAAAGGGCGGCGUGUCUCCUCUCUCCCAGGAUGAGAUAGCACGCUCUGUUAUCGCUCCCUGAAUUGGUUUUUCACUCUUUUGUUCGGCUGCAACAAACCUGAAGGCCUCCCGACCUGACUGGACCUCCUUCUUCCUCAGAGUCCAUAAACAGCUUCAGAUCCGACAUUAUUAGUGUUGUUUUAAAGUCUGGUCCAGAUCCAGAACCAAACUCACUUUUAACUGGACAGAAUAUGUGUGUCAGGUUAUUCUGAGAGCAGCGUUCACAUCAAAUCCUCCACUUCAGACCGCUCCCCUCCUGAUAUUGGAUACACAGUUAACUCAAUUCUUACGCCGUGUUGGAGCAUCUAUUUUAAGAGUGUGUGUGUGUGUGUGUGUGUGUGUGUGUGUGUGUGUGUGUUUGUGUGUGAGGUCGGUCUGGUGCAGCAGAGCAGGAAGUGGCGGUGUGAAGUGUGAAAUGUCAUUAUGGAUGCGGCUCGGCGCUGCAGAGCUCUCAGAGUCCGGUUCCCCGACUCGCACUUUUACAUGGAGGAGGAGAAACUGAACCCUGGAGUGUCUUAAAUCCGGCCUCGGCGUAGACCUCCUCUGGAUUUAGGACCCGGUUUUACAGAAUGAAUAAAUUUCUGCGGCGCUCUGGUGCGAGAAAUCAUCCGUCUGUCUGCAGGUUUCUCGCUCUGCAAAUGUGAUUCCAGCUCAAACAGAUUCAUGCUUCAGGUUUUAUAUUUUUAUUUUGAUGCAACUUUUUCUUCGUACAGUGAAAUCUCAGAUAUAAAACCUCCCUCAGGUCGCCAGCUUUUCCCAUGAAAGGCUCCAAAAUAAAAACAAAAUACGAUUAAAACAAGAUUUAAAUAUUUUCAACAAAAGCAUCAAAAGGCGGCUGUAGCUAAACCAGGUGUGGGCGUUUAUAAAAACUCACUGAUGCUCUGAUCUAAUUUUGUAAAACCUCGACCUAAAUAUUUCAAGUUUGUUCGUCUUUUUUAUUUUGAAGUUUUUCUAUUUAAUUUUCAUGUUUAGUAAAAUAACACACAAGAUCAUUUUGGAGGAGCUAUUACACUCUGAAAGAAAGUCACACAAGGAUAGAAGUGAUCCAUGUGAGAUUUGCACAAUUUGUGACAUCACCAGUUGGUGAAUCUCCAUAUAAGGUCAUCAUAACUGCAACACUUCCUGUUCUGGUCUUUGUUCCUGAGGUUUUUGUCACUUUUCAGACUUUCCAGGUCAGACUCUGGGUCCAAAUCCUAUCAGACCAGAUCCACAGUCUGUGUUCAUGAAUUUACUUUAUUGUAACAAAUCCAGAAAGACGACUUUUGAUUUUUCCUUUAAGUUACAAAAAGUUGUUUGGGCUCCGGUCUCUGUCGGCCCUUAGUUUAAAAACGUUGGUUGUAUCAUUUGUUCUGACUGACCAGUACCGACCUGUUAAAGGUCCAUGAGUCAUUUUACCACGACAACAUCAAGACUGAAGACAGUCUUUAGUCUGUGGGAUUGGAUGUGAGUCUGGAUUGUGUUAAAAACUGAGGAGAAGUCUGCAGAUAAAAGUCUAGUGCCCUCGAAAUGCUUGUUAAGAAAGUUAGAAAGUCAAUUUCAGACCCUACCUACUUUGAAGACAUGAAAAAGUAAACUUUAGACAUAAUCAGAAGUCGUCGUCCAGGUUGCGGGGACAGUAGCUUCAGGAGGGAAGCCCAGACGACCCUCACCCCAGCCACUUCCACCAGCUCCUCCUCUGGGGGGAUUCCCAGGCGCUCCCAGGCCAGGCGAGAGAUAUAAUCCCUCCACCUGGUCCUGGGCCGCCCACGAGGUCUCCUCUUAGUGGCACAUGUCUGGAACACCUCUAACAGGAGACGUCCAGAAGGCGUCCUAACAAGAUGCCCGAGCCACCUCAGCUGACUCCUCUGGACGUGGAGGAGCAGCGGUUCUCCUCUGAGCUUCUCCUGAGUGUCCGAGCUCCUUACCCUAUCUCUAAGGCUGAGCCCGGACACCCUGAGGAGGAAACCCAUUUCAGCCGCUUGUAUCUGCGAUCUUUUCUUUCGGUCAUUACCCAAAGUUCAUGACCAUAGGUGAGGAUCGGCACGUAGAUCGACCGGUAAAUCGAGAGUCUCGCCUUACGGCUCAGCUCUUUCUUCACCACGAUGGAUCGGUUUAGCGUCCGCAUCACUGCUGACGCCGCUCCGAUCCGCCUGUCGAUCUCCCGCUCCGUCCUACCCUCACUCAUGAACAAGAUUCCUCACUGUAGCUUUAAUGUGGUCUGUGGCAUUAAAGGAUUUUAUCUAAAAUGAAGCAGAACAGGAAGUUUCAGUGGCUUUAACAGCUUCUUCUCGUCUGACUGUUUGUCUCUUUACUCUGCGUGUCGGAGGCUUUUCUCCUUGUUUGCUGAUUGAAGGACGUUAGAAAAGCAGAAAGACCAGAUUUUGAGGGUUUUAGCUCUGCGGUGAUUCAUCCUCAUCCAUCAGAUCUCUUUGUUUCUCUCCGGCGUGUUUACAUUCGGCUCUUUGCUGAUUCGUCUUCGCCUCACUGACACCAAACAGACUCCUGUUGGUUUGUCGUCGUUGGCAGGUGAAGUGGUUGUUAUUGUGCUCUUGCGGCUCCCCCCUCCACCGGAGCAUCUGUGCCGCUCUGGCCUCUGGAUCAGGAUCUGGUGGAGACCGGGUGCAGGGCCCGGCUGACGCUGCAGAGAGGGGACAGAAGAGGGGGACAGGUUUCUUUGCUGCAGAGCCAAGACGGCAGCUGUGUGGUGAAUGUGUGCGAGGACAGACUGAGAGCUCAGAGCACAAAUGCUGCAGCAGAGAGUCCUCAGCUGUUCGGAGAAACCUCGGAUAAAUCCGACUUUUAUAUCAGAGGGAGGACAGAGAGAUCUGAGAGGCUGCUCCGACCGCUAAAGCUGAUUCUCCUCGCCGCUUCAGUGACAUUUGGACGAGAUAAAAUCUGACAGAUAUCAACUUCAGAAACUCCAAACUUUUCUACUUUCAAAGCUUAACAGUCAAACUCACAGCAAAUUUAGAUUCAGUUCAUUUUUUGUUUUUAUGUUGUAUUUAUUACGUAAUACAUCCUCCUAUAACCGAAUCCAAAAGUUUUAGAGCUCCCCCUGCUGGCUGUCUGCAGUAUAGAUCACGCCUCAAAAUCUAAAUACAUGGUUUCUGCUUUAUACUUCAUUUUUAUCAUGCAUCAUAUUUUUGGGAAGUUUAGUUUUAAAGGUACAUUGCGUAGAGUUAAGCAGCAUUUCUCCAAAGAAAUCAAGUCUAUUCUUGUUUAGAUUAGUUUAUAUUGAAUACGAUAUUACAGUUGACUUAGAAAAGAGUCUUUUAUUUGAUGGAAGCAGCUCAAAAUAAUCUGUACUGAUGAAGUUUUUGGCAGUAAAAACCUCAUAGAAAGAGGAUCAGACUUAUCAAGCUUCAACUGAACAUGAAUCUGAGUGAAUCAACAAUCAUGAAGGCAUAAAAUGAGAUUGAUAAAAGUGGGUCACAGACUUCUUUGACCAUCUGAUAGUAAAAUGACCCUGAUAUAACCCCGAUAUUAGCUCAAAUAUGAUGGAAUUCCCCACAAACAUAACCCAGAAGUGACUGAGAAGCAUCCACCUGUGACCCAAAGUGACCACAGCAAUAAUUUUGAUAUACAGCAAUGUCUAGGGUUGACUAUACGUCCUCUUUUAUCUGGACAUGUCCUCUUUUUUGGGGGCUGUCCGGCCUUGUUCAGGGGGGGUUUAUAAAAUCCUUCAAAUGUCUGGAGUUUUGUAUAAAAGUUUUGAGUUUGUUGCGGGUGGAUUUACUGAGUUAGAAGCACGAAAAAACAUUCGAUCUGACCCCAAAAACUCUCACAAUUAACUACACGCAAAUCCGUGACUCUGCCCCCACGUAGUUGUGUCCUCUUUGUGGGGAUUCAGGAUAUAAAUACCCCUGGCAAUGUUUAGAUCUAAUGUAGUGUUAUAAUACUACUAAAUUUGCACAAAUAGUCUGUGUGCAGGGUUUAAAAUCUGUUUAAUCAAGCCAUAAAGUUGUGCACUUUAACAUCAGGCCUAAUGGGGGUUGACUCACUUUUAGAGCCAGCCCCAAGUGGCCAUUUGAGGAACUGCAGUUUUUUGGAAUUAUUUUAUCUUGGUUUUGAUCUUUGUAAAAAAAAAAGUUGAAAUUCCAACCAUUAAAAACACCAACAUUAGUAAUGCUUAAAAGCUGGGACUUUCCAUUUUAGGUGAAAAUAAGGGCGGCGCCUUUAAUUUUCAGCAGCUCCGGUCAAAAAAGGUCACUAUAGAUCCUUUCGAGCUGCUCCAUGGGGGGUAUUUAUUUGCAUUAGAAUCUCCUGCGUCCACACAUGAGCCUGACUGUGGAAUUAUUUGGCUUUCUCUGCCCACGUAAACCAGCUUCCAGCCACCUUGCGUAACUGGAAUAGAUGCUGUUGUAGGCUUGGAACCAACGACGACCGGGUCGAAUACGAAACAGCAGAAGAAGAAUGCUGCGUAUUGUCAGUGUGAGAGCAGGCUGGAGACAAUGUGGGCCUUCAUCGGCUUGCGUCCGUUGUGCCUGGGGCUCCUUGAGCCGUGAAGAAGAGAAAGGUCUUCAUUCAGGCUGCUGGGGGCCUCUUCUUCAGACCUGCUAUUGUGGUGGCUUCUUCUCGCUCCGUCUCGGUGUUUUCUUUUCUCUCCAGGCUGAUUGAUUCUGCAGCGUCGUGUCACUCAGCACUCUGAGAGGUUUUAUGAAAGUGUCGUCUGUUUGCUUUUGUUUUCCUCUUUCACCUCUCCGUCAGUUUUACGUCUCCAGUUCUCGGAGGAGAAGAGUUGUGUUGCAUCCAAGGUCAGCUCCUCAGUCCCGUUGUGGUCUCAUGUUGCCUUCCAGUUUCUUUUCCCCUGUAGAUUGCAUUAACAGAUUGACGACAUGACAGUACUCCAAAAUUGAAGCUAAAAUAUCUCCCCUUUUGUGUAGCUGCGAGAUCGUUGCCUCUUCCAUGUAAACAGAUGGGACAUGGGUUAAAAUUUUAAAUCAGGAUAUCUUCGAACAAGUCAUUAAUGGCACUUCUGUGUAUGCUAAUUUUUUUCCCCUGACUGUUUUAAAUGUAUUUUCAGGGCUUUAUGCUUUUAUUUUGAAAGGUCAGUUUGAGAAAUAUAAGAAAAGUGGUGAGAAAGAGGAGAAACAACAUGCUAAAAAAUCAAGCUGACACCGAGCAGAGAAAUGAAGCCCAUACAAGAAGUGCUAAAACUGCAGUUCCUUGAGUGACCACUAGAGGCUGGCUUCAAAAACACAGGAAACCACAUACACACUUAUUGAAAAAAGCCGAUUUUUAGAGUAAUAAUAAAAACAUCUAAAGCCAGAUGUUUGAGACAAAACUAUGUGACAUGUAUUUAAAUUUUUUUUGUUUGAUCCACGUCUCAUCUGUUUACAUGGAGGAGGCCGAUUUCAUGACCUACAAUGCAACCAGCCACUUGGGGGAGCUCUAACUGGAUUGCUGUUGUCGAAUCUAAGACAGUUGAAUGAUGAUUAAGUUUUAUAACCAGGAAAGCUAACUGAAUAUUUAAUAAUUAAUAAAGAGAGGGUUUAAUUUAAUUGAGUUUAGAGUUAGUCCAGGCAGGCCAAAGAGUCACAUGAGUGCAUGAGCAGAUCAGCUCCUGCUGUUUCUUUUUUACUGAAGUGAUUCUGACUGAUAGAAGUUUUAAUUUCUUUCACCACUUUUUAGAUAACUUUUCUGCCCUUUUGUUUUCUGUUUAUUUUUAUAGUCACUUUUUUCUGUCUGUUCAUUUAUAAGUCGAGUUGUUUCACACAGACCAGAAUAGACUCUCGGUGCUAAAUGGGUCGCCCUCUUUUUUUCACGUUUCAUAGAUUUCUCUCGUUUCUGUCAUUAUUGCAGUUUUGACCCACAUCUCCUCCCCUGUGUGAAAAUAAAGCCGUUCCUGCCGCUGAAUGACAUCUAAUACUGUGUUUUUGUUGUGCCCAGAAUAAAGUAGGAGUGAUGUCAUUCUGACCGGCAGCCUCACUAACACCAUUUAAUGCUGCUGUAACAGAAAGGCUGGAUGAUAAAUGGUUGUUGUGAACAGGACUCUGGAAAAAAAGAGCUUUUCUUUUUCACUUUGGUCUGGUGAGGAAGUGUCUGAAAAAAUCGUGACGGGCUUGUUAAAGCGCACACGCUGCCCCAACAAAGGCAGAGGCUCUGGCUGUCCCACCACCAUCCACCACCCUGCCUCUGUGUUUCUAUUCUGCUCCGCUGGCAGAGGCCCGCAGGUUCAAAAUGAGGGUUUAGCUCAGUCUGCCGCUAACUAACAAGAGGAGGAAUUCAGGAACUUUGCUGUGAUUCGCAGCCAAAUUUCUGAGAAUCCCUGAUAAUAGGAGCAAAUCAAAUAUGCAACACAGCCCUUCACCUCACCGCCUCCUUACAUCCUGAGGUUAGAUCAUCACAAAGAGGAAGACGGAGUUUAUAAACCCUCUCAUGCUUCAUUUCCGUGAGUUUAAUUGGAUUCUGGAACUUCUUUUUGAGCGGAUCUGCUCUGAAUCCGAAAACCGGACAUUGGAGGUGUCGCCCGUCGUAAUCCUUUAAAGCUCAGACAGUUGAUUUCUAAUUUAACCCAAAUACCAAACUUAAUGAGUGACUCUUUAGGUAACAAAUGGGUAACUAGUUACAGGUUUAUGCAGACGAUGUAACACUAUUCAACUGACCUAAAAGAUGAGGUUAUUAAUACAAUAGACCAUCUGUAUGGAAGUCAAUCUGUGCCAUCUGAUUUUGAAUUUGAAUUUCUAAAGCAGAAUUUUUUUAGCAUCAAAAUCAGAUAUUGAAUUUUGAAACUUUUGAAUUUCAAGCACACAUUUUUAUUUCUGACAUUUUUUCACAAUGAUGUAAUAAAUUCAGUUUAAAAAAAUCAGUCUCUCAAAAGAGUUGUGCAGGAAAAAUUCAACUUAAAAAAAUGUGUGAAAAACUAAACAUAAAAAAAAUUCAAUUUAAAAAAGAUUCAGUGUCAAAAAAAAUUUAAGAAUUUUUUUUUAAGUCGAAUUUUUACUACAUGAAUAUUUUGAGACAUAAGUCAGACGUGGGACUGAUUUUGUUUGCGUUCGGGGUGAACACAACAUAAGACAUUAAUAUAAAUUUGUAAUUAUUAUGCAGGAUUCUUGCGCCACAUUUACCUCCUUUUUGCACACAAACCCAAAAUGUCCAAUGAUAGGAAAUGCCUGUUUAAGGGCCCGUGUCCACUAGCUCCAGUUAUUUAUUUAACUUUGUCAGCAGCUGAGGUCGAGGUUUGUACAGUCAGGAAAACUAACUAACCAGGAAACUAACCAUGAAGUUAAUAUUUCACUCAUAAUUAAAAAUUAUGUAAGUGUUGUAGGAGCUGGUGUGAAGCGCUGUCAGCACAGGAACAAAAAAAAAACAGCACUAAUGGACACAGGCCCUAACUCUUCUCUAUGUGAUUGUCUUAACUUCUCUAAUUGUUCAUUCGCCCACAGCUUGACAUAAAUCUGAGCUGAAGUCAAAGCCAGCCUGGACUGCGCUCUUGUUAUUUAUGACCUCAGACGUUUUCAUCUGUUGGGCAUAAAAACAUCAAAUUAACACGUCCUGAAAGCUGAGAAACGAUCACACUCAGACUCAUUAACCCUGAUGACUCCGUGUUUCCUGACAGACUGUGUGACACUGUUUGUGUUGAACUGUAAACUGUUUAAUAAAUGCACCGUCUGGUUUCUCCCUGUCAGUGACUCAUCUGUCGGUGCAUAUUCAUGAAAGCGCAGCAGAACUGAACGUCUUCUCUCCUCUCUCUUCCUGUCUUCAGGUUGUGCAGCCUGACUCUGAAGAAGCUGGUCGUGAUGAGGGAGCUCGAUAAAGAGCUGAUCUCUGUGGUCAUAGCGGUUAAAAUCCAGGUAUGCUGCAUGAAUAAACUCUCGGCGUGAACAAACAUGUUUCACACGGAUACAAACAAAAUAUUUUCUUUGACAGAAAAAAAGGGAAGAUCGCAGCAUCCGUCUUUUUUAUUUUAACAAGAUACUAAAAAAAAUCAUAAAUACGUUUUCUCACAACAGGAUUACUGUAAAAUCCACUCCCUUCAUUAGACCAGCCUUUAUUGCUGCUCUAUUUUCCUUUUUAUUGCACAUUUCAGUGAGAAAAGACGUAGAAAAAAGGUGACAGUAAAGGACAGAAAUGGAAAUACAGAGUGAGGAUGUACGCUCUACCUUCCAUCAGGACUUAUUUAUGAGAGUGAAAGAGGAGAGAGUAAAAUUAUGGCAGAAAUAGGACGGAGGAUGUGGAGCCAGGAUAAUAAACCUGUUUUCUUGUUGAGGCUGUACGCUCUACCUCCCCCUAUUCUUUGAUUUUUAUCGAGGAAGAGUAAAAAAGGUCAAAAACUAAGAUGUGCUCAUAAAGAGAUUAUAUAAAAAGACAGGGAAUACAGAGCCAUAGCAAAAAAAAGCUAACUGAGGCUUGUAUGCACUCCUGCUAGGAUAGGCUGGAUGCUAUACCUUCCCCUGUUUACAGAAGAAAUAGGGGAGAAUUGAGACAGAUAAUGGGGCAAAGUGCCUGUAACAAGAGGUAGGAAACAAGGAGAGCAAGAAUAGGAAGUCUAUUCGAGCUAAAUUUCACCAUCUCCAGGUUAGACUGUACGCUUUGACCUCCCCCUCCUCCUCAAACAGAGAAAACAGGAAUUAUGUGUAAAGAGAUGCAGAAAAGAGGACUAACAGAUGAGACUAAAUCCUUUUUUGGGGACUGGGGUUCACUGUGAUGGUCUAUGCCGCACACUCUACCUCCCCUAAUGUCCUAUUUCCAUCAUAGAACAGAGAAAAAACAGAGGACAGAGUCUGCAGAGGUGUAAGAAAGUGGAAGGAGCUAACUGAGCUAGGACGUUAAGUUUCUUUAGCCUCUGUUUUGUUGGACUGCACGCUCUACCUCCCAUCAUUUCAUAAUUUCCAUAUUGAAAGAAAAGAAAGGAGAGGAGAAAAACAGGAAAAUGUUAUGUAGAGCAGUCUCAAGGUGGAGCUCACCUUCACCAGGUUAGACUGCACGCUCCACCUCCACCUCUAUCACAUUUCCAUGAAGGAGGAGAAAGACAGAGAAACACAAUAAAUCCACAAACCUUAAAAAUAUUAUGGUUCAUACAUUCAAAAACACCUUCUUUUACUGCGUUGUUAAUGUUGUCUCUGUCCUCCCAGGUGUGCUCACACUCCUUUUAACACCCACCUCUUCUCUUCCAGGGCUCCAAACGGAUCCUCAGGUCCCAUGAGAUUGUGCUGCCCCCCAGUGGGUCUGUGGAGACGGAUCUGGCUCUCACCUUCUCGUUGCAGGUAAACGAGGAAAAUAAAACAGAGCUGCUGCUUUUUGGUGAACAGGAAAAUGAAGGACACCAAAUACACGAAUAAUUUUCAUAUCUGUGAUAAAUGUUCUCUUAAAGUUUCAGACAUGUUUCUCAGGGAUGAUUGUGUGUCGGCUGAGUUUCAUUUCCCUCUUCGUAACGGCGACUGCAAAUCCUGGAAACGUAAAAAAAAAAACAGCCAUUAAAGAAAAACUGUUUCCUGAGGCGCGUCGAGGGAGCAGUUAGAAAACUUUUGUACAAGUCUGUCUUUUUACAGCCGACUAAAAUAUGAACGAGAAGGAAAAUUAAGACCAGGUCUGAAUACUGCCCCCCUUUUAAUUUUAGAAAGGAGAAAACUUUCUGUGACUCGCUUUAAAGAGGCGGUGUGAUGCUUUUUAAAAUUUAUUGUGUCACUCUAUAGCCACAAAUAAUGCUCAGAACAGCACCUAACUUCAUCAACAGGACAUAUAGGGUCACAGACAUAGUACUAGACACCAAACAUCUUUAUAACUUUGACUAGAGACUAAACACAACUCACCUACUCUCUUCAAGCAGCCGUUUGUUUGUAGUGAGACCUCAGGCCAGUCCAUUACAGACUACAGUGGGGUUUCGCAGCUCAAGGAAGAACAUUUAUGAUCAUUUCUUUGAAGUAAUAAUCACCAUUUUAAUCAUUUUACAGACGCGGUAGUUCUUCUGCCUUAGCGUCUCAGUCUGAUUGUAUUUCCAUGAAGAAAUGUCUAACUCGGUGUUACGGUGUGUUUAACCCUAAAUUAAUUUUACGCCGGAAUAUCCCUUUAAAGAGACAGAGACAGCUGAAAUUAAUUGCUGAGAUGAAGGUUUUCAAAGACACCAGUCUGACAUAAGUAAGGAAGUUUUAACCAUGUAAACCGUGAAGCUCCUCAGACCUUAGGUAAAGAAAGGGUUAAAAAAAAGAAUAAACAAUAACAGAAAUCCUUCAGAUUGAAAAGUAUCGUAAGUGAAUGUUUUGUCUUUUCUUCUAGUACCCUCAUUUCUUGAAGCGAGAGGGAAACAAGCUGCAGAUCAUGCUGCAGAGGAGGAAGAGGUACAAGAACCGGACCAUCCUGGGCUACAAGACUCUGGCUGUGGGAUCGAUUGACAUGGCCGAGGUAGAAACGCAGAAACACACCUUCAUGUUUAAUGUUAUGGAAUCAAAAUCUGAAUAUUCACAAGGAGGAAAUUUGAUUUUGAUAUCAAGGUUAUAGUGGGACGAUCAGCUGCUGUUUCCUUUACUCAGACACAGUCUUUGUAGAGUCGUGGUCGUCGUGUUUUUACUCAUCAGAGGCGGGUUUUCAUUUCUGUGUUUGUCAGAAAAUAUUGAGUUUUGAAUGUUUUCAUCUGGAUGUGAAUCUACAGAUCAUUAUUGACUUCAAGACUCUGUCCUUCACAUCACAAUCGUGUUUGGAGACCACACAACCAAACAUCGCCGCGCCUUUAUUCAGAGUCUAACCGCUUCAUUACAUUUGUCCUUGAAGAGCGAAAAAACCUCCCUCUUCUGAAGUGAUCUCACACAGCAGUUAAAUCCUGAGUCCUGUUUUAUUAAAGCCACGAAUUCAUGAAUAAGUGACUUUAUUCUGGUCAUUAUUUCAUGCUGCAGAUGAUGCUGGAGUUCCCAUAUGGCUGACAAAGCUCUGUGGAGCUUAUUAAGGUCACAUCUCAGCUGCUGAGAGAGACAGAAAUACUCGAUGAAGAGCCUGAGAGGGACAUAAAAGAAGCAGAAACACAGAUUUGUAGUUGAACACAUGACUGAAAUGAUUUUUUCUCUUUUAACUCCGACAUACAAAGAAGCUCUGACACUAAAAUAGACUCUGUGGAAACUGCUGAAGGCUGAUCUAGUCCCACUUGACUGAACUGGAACACGGAUUGGUUCAGGUUUGAGGCGCUGAUGUCCUGAAGUGACCCCGGUUUGGGUUUUUCUGCGGUUCUUAAGACGCUCUGAGUUUAUCAGUAAAUAAACGUCACGCUACAGCUGAGCUUUAGAUGUGGAGACCUGAGGGUGAGUUUGUGCUUUAGUUGGGGAACAUGUUCUGGUUCUGGUCCAGCGAGGAUGUCAAAAAUCAGAGCAGCUCAAUCUGACCGACUCUGACUCUUCCAGGUGAUGCAGCACCCGACAGAAGGAGGACAGGUUCUUCCUCUCUGCAGCAACCAGAAGGACAUGCUGGGGAAGGUGGCCGAGAUCUGGAUCUUCUCCUUAUCCAGUCAGCCCAUCGACCACGAGGAGGCGGCCCUGCAGGGAGGACAGAAGAUCAAAUGUUCUGGUAGAUGAACUGCGCAAAUCUCUUAUCUCCUGUGAUCCGAUCAGAUUAGAGAGAUCAGAACUUGAAAAUGGAUCCUUCACUUCAGCUCCUUUCAUGUCAGUCUGGGACACCUGUAGAAGAGUUUUACAGCUUUUACUCUCAUAUGAAGUUAGACUCGAGUCAGAUCAGUAUCAUGAACCCCCCGAAGUUACGCCUUAAGGCUAGCUAUUAGCUCCCAACGCUAUCUCCAUUCAGCUUUAUUAGCAUAGUUAAGCUGUACGGUGUUAGCUGCUUCUUUAUUACAGAUAAUAUUGAUGAUUUUAGACCUUUUUUGAUCUUUUACCUGAAUUGUUUUGUCACUAAUUUAACAUAGAAAAGCAAACAGACAGAAACCGACUAAAUGACGUCAAGAUAAAAACAAAAUACAGAAAGUUACUGUAAAUUUGGAGGUGUGGUUCUGUGCUCUUUCACAGACAAAACGUGAAGCAGGGAGAGCAUCAGCAAAGACGGAUCAUAGAUAUAUAACUGUAGAUGGCUUAUGCACGCUGUUACAUAAUGGAGACCGACGUUUGCGCAUGGCGGCCAUCUUGCUACAGACAGCUCGCCCACUCCUAACAUUCUAGUGUACGGUGCACGUAACAUUUAAAUAACCAUAGAUUGAUGAAUUUUUGAUCAUGUAGAUUACUCACCUCCCGGAAUGGUAUACUGGAGUAAGAUGGCCGCCGUGUAGGGACUCCAGUGACUCCGCCUCGAGUCGUCUAGCCUUUCUUAUAGAUAUCUAUGAGACGGACCAGAUCAGUUUGACUCUGGUCCAAUCAGACAGAGUUGAUCACGUUGACCCGGAUUGGAGUUUUUGAUCAGCCUGGUUCUGAGGACCAGAGUGAGAUCACAGGGUUCAGAGUAUUUUGUAAAUCCGGUUUCCUUCGGCUCCGUGAGCGCCGUGUAAAUUUAGACUCUGGCGGCGUGUCAAACUUUAAAGGGUCGCUGAAAUAUGAAUGAGGUUUGUAUCUUCUGUACUCCACGGCGUUUAAUCUCUCCGCUCCUCCUCCUCUGCUCUUUAGAUAACUACUCAGAGGAGGAGUACGAGAGCUUCUCCUCAGAGCAGGAGGCCAGUGAUGACGCCGUUCAGGGGCAGGUGAGUCGACCUGCAGGUGACCUCUGAUGACUCCAAAUAAAAGGUGAUAUAUUUAUGAAUAAACUUCAAAUUUUUUAGGAUCUGGAGGAUGACGAGUACGACGUGAGGAAGCCAAAGAAGCAGAGGAGGUCGAUCGUACGGACCCCCUCCAUCACCAGAGUAAGAGACCAGAACCAGAACCAAAGGAGGUCGACUUUAAGUCCAGAGAAACGACAAGAAUCAGCAUGUUUGACGUUUUCAAUUCAACUCUGGAUUCAUCCAAACAGACACUUUGACUAUUUAUUAGAGUUUUAUUUAGGUUUCAUGUCCCGUCAUUGUUUUUCACGAUCACCAAACAAAUUUUGGAUAAAACAGAAACCUCUUAUUUUUAGUGAAGAAGGUGAAAUUCUCCAAACUUUGAGUUUCGUUUAAUCUACAGCAAAAAUGAAAACAGUUUGUUACUGUAACUCCUUCACUCAGUGUUCAAUAUGUUUGAUUUUUCAUGAUCAAGAUUCACCUCCGAACAAAUCUAGAUGCUUUCCUCACAACUUUAGUCAAAGCGCCCCCUUGUGGGGAAACAGGGUACUGACUUUUGCCUACGAUAUCUGAUCCGUACCAAAUUUUUUAGGUAUGAAAAUUAACGCGUCCGUUUCAAAGGACGGUUCCGUCAAUGCCCACAUACUUCCAUGCAUCCUUUACGUUGGCAUGAUUGUUAACUAUUACAUCCACCAGGGGGCAGGCCGGAGUCAGAAGUUUCUGACAACAACGAACUGUAGAGGGAGGCAGCGUUGGAGGAGGCGGUGGUCGGUCAGGCCGCUAAAUGCCUCGUGGUUGGAGGACAGAGAAUUCUUUUCUCUAGUCGUACCGAUGAGAGAAAUUGACACCGAUCGUCAUUUUCAGCCCCGCCGUUGUCUUCUUUACUUCCUUCUAGAGAUGCAUAUCGGGUUGUGACAGCAGCAACACUGCCCCCCACAGUUUCCGGUGGUACUGCUCCAUCUGACCCGUAUCCGUAAACUUCAAAGAUAUGUGCAGAAAUACAGAUGAGAACAGCGUGAAGCUCCGCCCGUAUCCAUAUGUAACAUUGAGCAUAAAUUAGCCGUAAGAAACAUUUUUAUCGUGCUCUAAUUGCCCCCUGUUAGACAUCAAGUGAUACUACCUCGUAUACUGACAGGUGUCUGGCGCGACUCACCGACACAUCAGUUUAACUCACGGUGAAGGAAACAGCUACUGUAUCUGGAUCAAGUCCGUGGGCCCUUAAAUCAUCGCUUUAAUUCAGAUGUAAUCCAAACUUUAAACUCUUGGACGAACCGACUCCUCUGUGCUGAAGCUGUUUUGUAAAGUCGUAUUUAUGACCCUUUUAAACUCCGACAAACAGAAGCUGAACUCUGACAGAAGAGUCCAGUAACUCUCAGUAAACAUGGAGGAGAUCUGCAGAUCAAGAGGACGUAUAAUUUAUCACUUUUAAGACGGUCCUGGCAUGUUUUUAGCAGAAGAGACGGUUUUUAUGGUUGUUUGCAGCUCAGUGAGCAGCACAUGUAAGCCCAGAGAGCAGACGGGGGCCUGAUGUUGCUUGAUUAUUGAUUUACACAAACGCAAGCUGCAAAAUCGAUACCCAGCCGACCCUGCAAAUGUAUCUACUGCCGGUAAAAUGAGUGAUAUGGAGGAGCUGUUUUCUCAGGACUGGAUGGCUGAGAGCUCUGUAGGAAAUCAGAAGUAGGUCACAGACUGACUGUGUUUGCUCUCCUGUGUUUUAGCAGCAGAACUUUAAGCAGCGCGUGGUGGCUCUUCUGAAGCGCUUCAGAGUUUCAGAUGAGGUGGGUGUUCCUCUCCCGGGCUCGCUCUGGGGAUUCAGUUUUCCUCCUGUGCGUUCUGUCGAGCCGCCCAAGAUGUAAUGUGAUGUAACGUGUGUGUGGGUGUGUGUGCGCUUAAAGGUGCUGGAUUCAGAGCAGGAUCCUGCAGAACCGCCCCCUGAGGUGGAGGAGGAGGACCUGGAUCUGGACAGCGUGGAGUUCGAGAACCCGAGUGACAGCGGGCCGGAGCUGGACGACGAUGACAGCGUCCUCAGCACGCCAAAACCCAAACUCAAGUGAGUCAUAAACGUCUGACCUUCAGUCCUGUCGCCAUGGUAACUUCAUACAUACGACAUUUUCAUAGUUUCUGACUUGCAACAGAUUUUACGUUAGAAAUGACUUGUUGGUGCUACUUUUUACACAGUUUUGCAAAACGUCAGAGACUGUCGCCUAAUGAACUCCCCAUUUAGCCACAUUAGCAUACGUUAGCAUAGUGUCGCUACCUGGUCCGUCCCGGAAGCCUUCUUUUUGUUUGUAGGACAGUAGGAGAAAGUCCCGCCUCCUUUGCCUCUGAUUGGCUAGAACAGCUGGAAAUGUCAUCACACGCUCAAGCCAAACGCGAACUGUCGGCUCUGUACAUCGAACAGAACAUUAUCGCACUUCUGAAUCUCCUAACCCGACAGACGAUGACGUUUCACAGCCAUUAGAAAUAACCAAUUGGAGCCCAGCACUUCUAGCCAAUCAGAGGCGAAGGAGGACGGGACUUUCCCCUACCAUCCUCCAAAAAAAAAUUGCGUCCUGGAAACCUGAUUUGUACUGCGCAUGUGCAAAAUGUAUGCCACUUCCUCUACUUCAUUGCCUCUUGUGCUUUGCAACAGCAUCGACAUUUGUUGGACAGCUUCAGCAUCAGCGAGCUCGCUACAGUCGGAAUAGAUACUUCAACGCUUUUCUUUUCUCCUGAACGAAGUGUUUCCCCCAACUGAAGCAGAGCGCCCGAAAGUCAAGAAAAUGGCGCCCAGUUUUACAAUUAAAGGUUCCUACUCCAGCUAAAUUGUAAAAUUGCAGCGUGGUUCUAAAAGUCUUGAAUGAAUGUGAAUAUUUUAGUGUUGAAAUUGAACCGCUGUAUAAAAACGCUAAAAUUCAUCGUCAGUAAUGCGUCGGCUUCUUGUUAAUAAAUUUAAUAUAUAAAAUAAAUCCCGCCUUCGAAAAGUCAGAUAACCAUAAUUUUGACUGGAUGGCAGCUCUCUGUGGCCCAAAAUGUCUCACCGUGCUGGGCAGGAGCUCUGGAGCCUCUUGCUAGCUAGCCUGUCACAUCACCAUCUUGUUUCUGAAUCGAUCGGUAGUUUAAAUAAAGUUUUUACUGUGAAGUAAAUUUGCACUUGUGCAGUACAGAUCGAGUAGGUAGUGACUCAAUGCUGUAAAAUACAUUGAAAUACAAAGAGAGGAAGUGACGUACGUUUCGCACAUGCACAGUACAAAUUGGGUUUCGGAGACGGAUCGGGUAGCGACACGUACAUUAGCAUACGUUGGCUGUUGUCGAAUUAGCCGUUGGUGUAAUAUUCGUUGUUACCGAUCUCUGCUGCGUAAAUGUUGAUGAAGGUCGUUCAGGCAACGACAGUGAUCCAGCGAUCUGUUCAUGUUAGCAUAAAUGCAAAGAGAGGUAUUUUACCCAGAAGGUGGCGCCAUAAUAUGACUAAACUAAGAUCAAACUGUGUUUGUGUUUCAGGCCAUAUUUCGAGGGUCUCUCCCUCUCCAGCUCUCAAACCGAGAUCGGCAGCAUCCACAGCAGCCGGAGCCACAGGGAGCCCCCCAGUCCGGUGAGACACACACACACACACACACACACACACACACACACACACACACACACACACACACACACACACACACACACUGUGACCGCACAAAUAACAACAAAACAUGUGGAGACGUCCAAAGAGACUCUUCAGCUCUUCCUCUGGGUCUCCUCUAACCUCGGAGUCAAACAAACUGGGUCACCACUGACACCAGUGAAACCAGUGACCUGUGCUGAAGGCAGAUCAGCGCGUCCGCUGAGGCAGAAAGGCGAUAAUCGUCCUGCUGAAGGGCGUCUUUCAUCAGUCUGCGGGUCCAGAGCGGUUCUGAGGGGAUCAGAAGUUUGUUUAUGAACCUGCAGGCGUCUGUUAAAGCAGCUCAGCGCGGUCAAAGAAACAAACCUCUUACUUUCUUUCAAAAUAAAAGCCCCGUGGCUCUGUCUAAUCCAUGAUACGCUUGUUUUUCUUCUCACCAUCUGAUUCCAGAUUGACCCAGAUAAAACGAAGAGCGGUGGAGCUAAAUUCCCAGACGACAGCGUGUCUGAUAACGUCUCCUACGUCAGUAUUAACUCUUUAUAAACUCUGUUUUUCACUUUGUUUCCAUAUAAAUAUAAUAUCUAAUGUAUAUUCUACUCACUAAAGGUAGGUUAGAGUUUUAUUAGCUGUUAUAAAACCUGAAAAAUGCAUCGACACGUCUCCCAGCUGAUGUUUUUUCCUCUCUGUGUUUUUCUCAGGAGCAGCCGGAGGCGGUGACUCCAACUACAGAGCUGGAGAUGGACAACAUGGACACGUUCUUAGAGAGGCUUCCUCCCAGCGGCAAAAUGACCAAGACGGAGUCCCUCAUCAUUUCAUCCAACAGGUAAAACCAAGACGACGACCUCCUUCAGAACUUUCCUGAAACUACAGGAAACCAGACGGGAACCGUUUAUUUUUUAGACAUAUUCUCGUUAUUCUUUCACUCUCCUUUUUUAUUUUCACUCAUUUAAGAUGCUGUUUCGCAACUCCUGUGUCUCUGUAAUCAAUCCUCAUAGAUCAGGGUUUCGGCUCCUGUUGUUGACGUUGGCGCUCAGUCCUCCAGCUCUCUUCUUCUUCUUCUUCUUCUUCUUCUUCUCCUGUUUUUCAGGCAGGAACCAAAGUUGGCAGGGAGGCGAGGCAGGAGCACGUCAUUGAAGGAGCGCCAGGCCAGCAGGCCGCAGAACGAGAGGGCCAACAGCCUGGACAACGAGCGCUCCAUGGACACACGCUGCCACCUACAGGUCAGAGGAGAGAACUGCAGUAUAACCUCCUGAUAAAGGCCUAAAGCUUCUGUGGACAGGAUUGUAAAGGACUAAUGAGCUCGUCAGCGAUUCUUAUUUGUAAAAGUGACAUCCUGAAUCUGAGCAAACAACCCACAGAAGAUUUAAAACUUUAGAAAACACAAAACUUCAAAACUGUCACAUCAGCUGUCUUCUGUAAACAAAGUAAUAAUGUCCAAAAACAAACACGGGUUAGUGUAUGAAGUUUUCUUCUUUUGUGUAUUAUAGAUCCCCAGAAAGACGGUGUACGACCAACUAAACCACAUCCUGGUGUCUGAUAACCAGCUCCCCGACAGCAUCAUCCUCAUCAACACGUCAGACUGGCAGGGCCAGGUAAGAUAAAAACACCUGUACCAUCCUCAUUUGACUAAAUACACAUGUUUAAAACUAGAGGAAGACUUUUCUCACACUUUUUAAUUUGCAUCUUUCUCGUCCUCCUCCUCUUUCUUAGUAUCUUUCAGAUAUGCUCCAAAACCACCAUCUACCUGUGGUCUGCACCUGCACCACGGCCGACAUCCAGGCUGCGUUCAACACCAUCGUCUCCCGUAUUCAGAGAUUGUGCGUCGACUUCUGCUUCACGCUGACUUUACUGAUCGACGUCUCACCUUCGCUUUGUUUUAACUGGUAAAACUCUCUUUUUUUAUUCCUUCUCAGUUGUAACUGUAACUCUCAGACGCCCAUUCCCAUAAAGAUCGCGGUGGCCGGGGCGCAGCACUACCUCAGCGCUGUUCUGAGGCUCUUCGUGGACCACCUCUCCCAUAAGACCCCGGACUGGCUCGGAUACAUGAGGUUCCUCAUCAUCCCUCUCGGUCAGUAAAACCUCCUCCUGCGUUGUUUUGUCUGCAUUAAAUCGUAUCCUGCUCAUGCGUGCUACUUUUUACACAGCUUCAGAUUCAUGAAACGACUCGCCUGUUUCUCUUUGUUUGUUUUUUUAGGGGCUCAUCCGGUCUCCAAAUAUCUGGGCACUAUUGAUUACCGAUACAACAGUUUGUUCCAGGAUGCUGCUUGGAGGGACCUGUUUCACAAACCUGAGGCUCCUGUUGUUGGUGGGUCUUUUAUGUGUUUUUAAUACUGAUGUAAAGUUUGUAAGGUUUGUUAAUCAGACCUCUUAAACUGAUGAUGGAUGUUUCCUCUGCAGCCCAGGAGAGUCCCGACGUCGUGUCCCGGGUGACUCAGUACAUGGUUGGCGCCAACGGAGCUCAUCAGCUCCCCAUCGCUGAGGCCAUGCUCACCUACAAACAGAAGAGGUAGGUGACCUUUACUGUCCGUGUUUCACCUGGAUAUUCACCUGUGAACUGUACACACCUGAACUGUAUUCUAGUUUAAAAGAUUAUUUAUGAACAGGACGGUAAAAGUUUAAGUUUAUUUCAGUCUGAGGGUUUUUAUUUUCUAACAAAUGCUUCUAAUGCAGAGCUUACAGCUGUUUUUCAAAAGGGGGUUGAACUUCUCUGUGAAACAUAUUUGAUUAUUUGUUUAUUUGACAGGGUUCAAUCUAUACAAAGUAAAUACAGUUUUUGCUUUUUGCCAUAAAUACGGAUUUAAAAAUCCAAUCUCAUGUUUGUAAACUCAAAAAUAUUCGUACUUUGCUCUCACUAAAGCUCUCAUUCCUCUCUUACCAUAAAUAUCAUCGUGAUAACGGACUUCAGCAGUUUUGAUUAAACAUUCACUGAUGUUAGCGAAAACGCAGCUGAAACACUGCAAGUUGUUUGACGUUCGAGACUAAGUAAGCAUUAAUUAAGAUUGUUAAAUAUGUGGCGUUUCAGCACAACAAUAGUCUUCCCCUUUGACUGAAUAUGUGAUAUAUAAUUUAAAAUAGUAUUUUCACACCCAGCCUGUUGUAUUUCUACUUAAAACAGACGACAGUGGACGAUAUUUUGUGGUGUUCCACAAAACAGUUCGUGAUCAAAACAUCCCGGUUAUCAAUCAGCUAAUAAUUUAUCGUGAUAUUCAUGAGUUAAUACUUUAAAUAUUGUCAGAUGUAGUUGAGUUAUCAGGAUGUCUUCCCUUUAAAACUUGACAUUAUCAUAAAUUUAGCGCACUACAGUCAAACUUGAUUAAACCACACUCUAAAGACAGUAUCAUCAAUAAAUCAGCGUGAAUGAUCCUGAUUGGUUAACUCCUCAGAAACGCUAAGUUACAUAUAAAUGAAUUUAAAGGUAUUUAAUCAAUAACAGCAGAAAUGUAGUUCAUUUAAUCAUGAUGCUAGCAAAACAUUAGCUUGUUUUAGCUAGUUUUCUGUAGUUUGAUUGUUGGCUAAAUUGAUAGCAGACAGAUAUCAUAUUAUGAAAUAGUUUAAACCUACUUUAACUAGUAGGUAAAUACUCACAACAUAUAUUAUAUUUACUUUUAAUGUUGUGGUGGCCCGUCAGCCGAACUAGUUAGCUUAGCCAAACAGCUAGCAUAGUAACAUUAAAGUGGUUGCAGAAAAUGAUAAUCGUCACAACAAGAACAUAAGAAAUUCUUGUUGUAUAAUUUUUGUUAAUUAAAAUUAUACUCGUCAACAUUAACUCGGUCAUAGAUCUGAUAAAAAUGGCGACUGUAGCCUGAAGAUGUCAGUUUAUACGCUAAUGCUAUUAGCAGCGUAACGUUAAACUGAAACAAACUGGUAGAAACUGAGCAGGUUAAUUUAUCAUUAUUUAAAUUUGUAAUUAUGAUGAUUAGUUAAUGAUUUGAAAUGUAGAAAUGUUCUCCCCCUUUUGAAAACUCCUUUCAGAUGAAGUUUGACUAAUGUCGCUGAGUUUGUGUGGGCGUGUCGGCGUUCGUUCGUCCGUCUGUCUGGUUAACAUCACUGUCUCUCCUCCAUCACUGUGUCCGUGAAUAACAUGUUGUUUCUUUUUGUUGUAUUUUUUCUUUUCUGUCUUUGAAGGAAAAAGAGCUUUCAUUUUGAUUUUGCAGUAAGGUAUUGUGGUCGAUUGAGUUUGUUUCCCAUCUCUUAGCUUGGUGAUUCAUGCGCUUUCUCUCUCUCUCUCUCUCUCUCUCUCUCUCUCUCUCUCUCUCUCUCUGUGUCGGAGCAUUUUCCCUGCACUCUCCGGAGCUUGCCACUUUAACAGCGAUUACAUUUUUUUCUUUCUAAGAAUAGCUUGAGCUGAAAACUUCUCAGAUAAGAUAUAAAUCUGCUAAUAAGGCCACAGCGCAGCGUAACAACAAGCGCACACAGACACAGAGCGAGAUUACCGGACCGAGGGAUUAAAGUUACAUCAAGUUAAGAGCGUAAACUCAGUCUGAACAGGUCUGAUAUUAAGACUCUUAUCACUAAGACUUUCACUUUUAUGUCUGAGUGGAUUUAAUUUGUUUGAUCUAAACAAAGGAAAAUAACAUAGACGUUGAAAAGACAUCGAUCUAAGCUCCUGUGAGGAGUUUAACCUGUUGAUAAAAUCGACUCAGAUUCAUAUUUAUGUCUCCUAAUGAUCUUAAAAAGCGAAAUGAAAAGUUUUCUGUAAUACCUAAACUUUUGGACUUUUUGCGCAGGCAUGUAUCACAAACUCAAAACUGAAAUGAACUGAAAUAAUCUCUCUUCAUGUCCGGCUUUGCCCCAAAAUACAUCUUAGAAAAAUAAGUUUAUGAGGCAAAAACAAAACUCAUAAUUUCGUGCUUCACCGGCUGGUUGUCAGAGCAGAAGUUUUUCAUCCACUUUAAUUAGAAAACAGUGAAUUAUCCAACAUAAAUGUUUGAGUUUCGGGGGUUUAAUUCUGUCGUCCAAUAAGUCAGAAUCAGCUCAAAGUCGUCCUCGAGGAUUACCGAUGAGUCGUAUUUUUCUUCCGGGAGCUUUAAUGAAGUCGACAUUUGGCCGUCAGUCUCUUCUCUCAGAUAAGAAUGUUUUGUUCUGUUAUCCAUGCAUGUCUCCUGGAACUCGCUCCACAUUGACCAUUUCUCUCAUUUAUGUGAGGAGAUCAAAUUCAAGCAAAAUCAGAAAAUUAGAAAACAGAGAGUUUGUGUGCAUGUCUGCAGAAAUAAUGAGUCUCUCCUCUUCCUCUUCUUCUUCUUCUGCGUCUGUGUCUGUGUGCUCAUGUUGAGACUAUUCUAAUUUGGCAUCAUUGAAGGAAACAAAGAACAAAGUGAAGAUAAAUUUGACUCCUUAGUUUCCACUUCAAACAGUCCUCCCUGAUGAUGAUGAGACUUCAGAGGACUGACUGGAGGGUAAACUGAGCUGAUAAAGAGGCAAGAGACCAAAUCUGAUCUGCUCUUCUUCCUCCUCCUCUGAGGCUCUUCCUCCUCCUCCUCCUCCUCCUCCUCCUCCUUCCUCCUGCUGUUUUCUCUCCAUCCUGUGCUCACCUGGCCGUCCAUGUCUGUCUGUUAUCUGUGUGGUUAGAGUAGAAAAAACCUGCACAUCUUCAUCAGAUUUUCACCUUCAGGUUUGUGUCAUGACCUGCUAUAACCUCUUAAAAUAAACACAUUUAAAACUUUUUAGUGUUUCAGCCUUAAACUAGUUAAAAAAAAACAAACAUCUGAUCGGGGUCGUAAGAGUUCAAUCGGACUUGGAUUUGACAUAAUAAAUGAAAUUUUAAAUUAUAAAUGCCAUGGACGGACUCGCUGAUAACCUUUUUUAGAGUAAAAAUGACCGAGGGAGCGAACUGUAAGUCUGUAAGAUCCUUAAAAAAAGAAAUAAAACAUAAUUAUUGGUAUCUAAAGAAUUAGCUGCUUUACUAUUAAAUUAAGAAUCAGUCAGUCUUUAUUCAUUUAUCCAGAAGUUACACCUCCAGCUCCAUCUCUAAUAGUGAAUCGAAGUAUUUUUAACACAAGUGCACAAAAAAAGUGUAAAAUUAUCUCUGAUUUUAGUCUUAAAACAUUUCAACUUUACUAACCUGUCUAGACCCAGUCCUGUAGAUGCUGGUUCUGAUGUAGCUGCAAAACCCAGUUUAACCUGCAUGAGUCGUUCUUCGUAGUUCUCCAUCCGUCUACAUGGACUGAAGUGAAUGUGCAGCUUUAAACACAUUUAAAGGUUAAUUCCACAAUAACUACGUUAUUACACGUCUUUAAACGAAGAAGAAGAAGAAGCUGCUGCUCACGAGCUCGCUGUAGCAUCUCUCUUCGGGCUGAUAUUAAAAGCUAACGUUCAAAGAUUUAUCGUGAAUCCGAAAACAUUAAAACUUCUGCCUCUUCAAAAACUGUUGUUCAAACUGAUACCCUUCAAAAUAAAAGCAUGAAUUCAUGGAUGGAUGGAUAAACAGAAACCGAAACAUAAAACCUUUAAAAUGUCAAAAUACAGGGUUUCCUACGCAAUUAUGGAAAUAAAUUUGAUCAAUUUCCAGGUUUUAAAAAGUGAAAAAAAAGGAUGUAAAAAUAUUUAUGUUUUCUGGACUGUUACCAAAGUUCUCAAAAACUCUUUUCUAAAACAGAGAAGUAGGUAUUUUAUUCAUUUAAACCUCUCUAGAUAAGAAUAAUGUCCUCUUCGUUAUAUGCGUUUAUUCGUAAAGUAGAUGAAUUAGUGUUGCCGUGGUAAUCGAGAGGUUCAAACCUGAUAUUUUGAUGUUUCAUGUAAACAAGGUUUUGGAUUAUUCCAGUAGAUUGCUUCAUCCUGCCGUCCUUAAACAGUUCAGGUGUAAAGAGGCGAUAUUUUCUAUUUUCUAGUGAUACCCUGUUCAAUUCGGUGCUCGCCAUCCCCCCUCUUUCCAGUCCCAUCAUGCAAAGCUGCUUCAGUUCACGCAUGUUGACUUGAUGCGUUUAUUUCAAGUACUUUUACUGCAGCGAUUACAGUCUGUUUCUGAACAACCAGCUGAAGCAAUCUACUGGGAAAACUCCAAAACAAACCAACCAUAGACUGUACAUAGAAUGGACACCGUCUGCCUCCUCGCCACCCUGAGAACAGCACCCUCUGGUGACGGGCUGCAGUAUAGGUCAUAAACCCUGCCUCCUUAUGGAGCUGUGGACAAACUUUAAUAAUCGAUUACACAGAAUAUAAAUGUUUCUCCCCCCUGGUUGUGAUGUUGACAGCGACUCUCGGUGACUCUCCUACCGAAUGCGUACAACACGACUGCGCAAUUUUGGUUUCAGGAAAUGAAGAAAAAUCGCAGAAAUACCGAGGGCUUUACUGGCGGGAGGCGGGACCAAGUUGUCCGUCGUAUAUAAAGUCUAUGGUACCGAUUAGUCGUGUCGUAGACCCCGAAUAUGUGAAUAAAACCGAGCCCGGGUUUAAAAAUACCAGAAGUUCCCUUUGAGGCGGAUCAGAACCAUGAGACAGAAGCUUUGUUUUCUGUCGGCCUCCAUCCCUGCAAGGCUUCAAACGCAGACAUCCGUCUCAUCCCUCGCUCGCUCUCUCUCUCUCUCUCUCUCUCUCUCUCCGGCUGCUUUGAGUCUGAUUCAGCAGAGAUGUUGUCGUGUUGGGAAAACAGAAAAGUGAACUUGAUGACGUUCAAACUGUGACCUACUGCAGACUGUCUCUCUCUCUCUCUCUCUCUGUCUCUCUCUCUCCCUCCUCCCUGUAGUCUCUCUGUUUCUUCCCUGGGGGGGCGAUGGCAGGUUUCUUCAAGGCAAGAGCAACAACCUUUCACAUCAUCAGAUAACAUUUUAGAAACCGUAGACGUAGAUCCGUUCUGGCUAUUUUUCCGGUUGGCGCCGGGAAAAUAGUUCGUUGACGCUUGGUAGCGAUGCGCUCCGCUCAGAGGUGGAGCUGCAUCGAGCUGGAGAAGAAGUGUUGGAUGUAGGUUGGUGCUCUUCCUUCUCAUCCACAUCUGCUCGACUCUGUAGUUCAGCUCUCUCUCUCUCUCUCUCCUGAUGGACUUGCUGCCUCCUGAAUGCCUCUCUGACUGUGGUUUGGUUUUGGUUUGGACCCAGCCUGUCUCCUCAGAUCCUUCAUGGCUCUUUUUGUGGUUUCAGAGGUCUCAAAUCAGCUCUGCAGCUCUGCAUGUUUGGCUUUCUGCUUCAGAGUCUGUGUGUUAAUGAGGGUGUAGAGCUCGGCAGCAGGUGCAGCAUGCUCUCUUUGGGAUUUGAUGACCUUGGAAGACAAAGCACUUCUAGAUUUUAAUCAUAAGAAAACCAUAAAUCCUUCCUAGUGACUAAUUCCUAGCUUGUAGGGUUGCUAAUUGUAGAUGAUUUGAGUCGUAAAUUUAGCGGAUAGAUCCUGUAGAGUCGCUCCUUUAAUGUCGUCUGUUGUCUAACCUGAACUCUCUUUGUGUUCCUGCUGCCGCCCCUCAGCCCGGACGAGGACUCCUGUCAGAAGUUCAUCCCUUUCAUCGGGGUAAGUUUCCGAACAUCGAACUGAUGUUGUAGUUUGACACGCCCUCUAGUGGACGAAGAAGUAAUUACAGGUUUAAAAAUUGGGCAGAGUGUAAUACUGCGGAAGUCGGAUGUCAGAGCUGGAAAUGACGUUACAACCAAGUUGACGGCGUUCAAUUAAACAAAUCGGAAAACCAGGAUGGAUGCCUGAAGUUAGCCGUUGUUAGCUGUUGUUUACAAAGUCAGUUGCCUUUAGCGGUUGUCAGCUGUUGUCAGUUGUUGUUAGCCUGUCCGUUGUUAGCGGUUGUCAGUUGUUGUAAGCCUGUCUGUUGUUAGUGGUUGUCGGCUGUUGUUAGCUAUUGUCAAUUGUUGUUAGCGGUUGUCAGUUGUUAGCCGUUGUCAGUUGUCAGUUGUUGUUAGCGGUUGUUAGCUGUUAGCUAUUGUCAGUUGUUAACUGUUGUUAGCUAUACCACUUAUUUGUUUUUACAAAAACAAACAGAAGUGCUAAUAAAUAAAACAUGACAGCUUUAACUGUUACUCUUUACUGUUGACGCGCUGUUCUGCCAUCUUGGAUUAUGACGUAAGUUGUCAGACUUUCCGAGCUGGUUGGUUGAGUUGUUGUUGGUUCGUUUUCUCAGUCAGAGGUCGCGGGUUAAACAGAUUAAUCAGAUAAUUGAAUAGAGAAAAACUCAAAGCUUGUUAUCUGUUAUUCCUAGAGCUAUAAUAAUAGAUUUCUCUCUCCUUUGUUUUCUCAGAUGGUCAAAGUCGGCAUCGUGGAGCAAACAUCUGCAACGUCAGGCAAGUAGAAACGUUUUCAACGUUUGUCCUUUAAAGGUUUGAGCGCAAUUAUCAAACUCAUCUGCACCAAAGCGACUCCUGAAGACAUUCAGCACUUUCUCACGUUUGUACAUACAGGAUAUUAUAUUUUAUUUUGUAACAUAAACGAUCGUUUCCUCCCUCAGGAGACUCUGAUGACGCGGCUCCUCUGAGCUCCUCACUGCUCUCCUCCACCCCUCCACAAGUCUCACCCGCUCUGAAAGAGGCGUCGCCCACACCGCCAUCCUCUCCCUCCGUCAACACCAGCUUCAGCGCUUACAGGUAUAACAUGACGGUGCAAAAAUCCACGUUUACUCGUACCUGCAGAGAAAUCUUCUAUGAAACCCACCUCCGUCUUUCUGUUCCUCGUCUGUAGUUCUCCGGGUCAGGCGGAGCUGAUGGGGCUGCAGGUGGAUUACUGGGUGGCCCCCACAGAGAGGAAAAAGGACCUGGAGAAGCGGGACUCCUCCUCCAAAAACACGCUCAAGUGCAAUUUCCGCUCGCUGCAGGUCAGCCGGCUGCCACUAGGGGGCGCGGAGCCGAGCCCCCAGCCCACCAUGUCCAUGACUGUGGUGACCAAGGAGAAGAAUAAGAAGGGUAGGAUGAACACCGGACUCACGUUACAUACUCAGUGCGUUAACAUGCACAGUUUAAUCGGACUAACCUCAUAAUUCGUUUUUUUUCGCCGAAGCGGACUUCUCUCCUUGUCCUGAGAAAAUCGAAUUAUUGACGUGAACGUGUCCUCCUCCCCAAAACUAGGGGGCGAUAUGAGUCUUUUCAUCUGCGCUGUUUCUGGACCUAUUUUAAAGAUGUCUCCGUUCCUCGUUUUGCUACCGUCCAUAUUCUUAAAAUAUACAUUUCUGUCAGGAUGGAAAACAUAACAGCGCUCUCCUCGUCAUUCCAAAAGUCGAAGUUCUUUAAAUGAUAGCGCCACUUCUUCUCUGGUGUUUUUGUUCAGGGUUUAUGGAGUGUGAUCGGACACAUGCAUUGUCCGAUCACACUCCGACUCCGCUGGUGACAUGGUAGAGAAGGUUGAAUUCCAAUCAGAUUAUCUGGAUGUCUUAAUCGGCGUUCUCCGACUAGUCGAAAUAAGGUGUUUACAUGCACUCCAGUUGUCCGGUCUUAAUCAGAGUAAGGCGAUAAUUCGGUUUUCUCGAGUGUUAUGUAAACGUACUGAGUGACAGAUUCAGAGUUUUUGUGUUUAACCCCGUAGGGAGCAGAAAGACCCCGAACCCUCGUUAACUCACAGCGUGCGACUCUGUUUUUCCUUCUGCCAGUCAUGUUCCUGCCAAAAAAGAGCAAAGACAAGGAGGUGGAGUCCAAGAGCCAAGUGAUCGAGGGCAUCAGCCGGCUCAUCUGCACUGCCAAACACCAGCAGACCAUGCUGAGAGGUACGGCGGUCUGCGCUCACACUUCACCGUGGGGGGUCUGGGGGUUUGUCCGUCCUCUCUGAACCUGUGUUUAGAGUUUAAGUAAAAGUGUCGCUUCUGUUCAUGUCUGUGUCCUUCCUCUGCAGUUCUGAUCGACGGCGUCGAGUGGAACGACGUCAAGUUUUUCCAGCUGGCGGCUCAGUGGUCGUCUCACGUCAAACACUUCCCCAUCGGGAUCUUCGGACACUCGAAAGGCCCGUACUAGCAGCACCUGAGAGACUGAAUGACUGAGGACAGCGCCCCCUUUACCCUCCCUGUGUGCCAACAGCUUUUUAACCCCUUCCUCUCCAUCUUCCCCCGCUCUACACCUCCUCCUCCUCCUCCACUUCUCCGCCAUCUUAAUUUAAACUCCUGCUUCGUUGCAUUCGUUUGAUUAUUUAAUCUUUUGCGUGUUUUUUUAAUUUUCUAUUUAUGUAAAAAAAACGUCUGGAGGCAAGAAUAUUUCUUUACUCAGCUUUUUAUCCUGCUGAUGUUUUAUAGACUCCUCUGAAAUAAUAAUAAUAAUAAUCAGAAAAGACUUUUAACCUUUAACAUCCUCCAUCAGCUCCCAGGUUUCCCCGUCUGAGUCCAUCCUUUUUUAUUUGAUAAGGCACAGCACAUCUGAUCGAGAACAAACGAAAAAAUACGAGCAGCUGCCUCGAUACGAGGAGGAAAACGACGUCAUCAAAGAAGAUGUUUCAGAUUCGCAGAGACUGUCGUCGAUUUAUCGUCUGAAGAGGAAAAAAAAAGACUCUGUGCUCUCCGAAGAAGAAGUCUCAUGUGCAAUAGACUGAAAACUGUGUGAAUGAUGAUUCUGAUAUUAACCCGGCACUGAUUUUACCCCCGACACCUCCGAUACUCGUCUUUGGUUUCCGGUAAAGUGGCUGGAAGGUCGAAGAGUUUGACUUCACGUUAAAUCAAAUAAUAACCUUGAAAAACUGCACAGCACAAACUUUAAAAAUGUUUUAUCAUAGUUAAGAAUUUCAUCAGUGCGUUUUUAUUGAAAUACAGUUUUUGGUUUUCUUGUCGAGUUUGAUGAGAAGAUGAAAAUCGGAACCAGCAGUAGGCUAGCUUAGCUCGGGCUGUCAUUACUUUUUACGAAUUUAAGAAUAAAAUAGAAUAUUUGUGAAAACUGACGGUGAUUUCCUGGUCAUUAGUGAUCAAACAGGUUGCUAAGGUUAGCCACGUUAGCCUCACUAGCCUGACAAUAACUUAGCUGUUAUUGUUAAAUCAAGACUGUUUUUGCUAAGUAAGCUAGCAAGUGUACGCUAACAAAAUCAAACAGAAGUGCCACGCUGAAUUUAGCAGAUAUAUUUUCUCCACACUGGUCGUUAGUUUAAUCUCUGUUUAAGACCCUUGAUACUUGUGACAUGAGUUGCUAUUAGCUAGUAGAUCGUGGAUUAAGCUAACCUAACUAUUAGCUUAAAAGUGAGUAUUUUGAGGAAGUGUGUCCACGUAUUUAAAAUUACGUUUCAAUUUUUAGGCUCAAAAACCAUUAAAAAAGAUGUUAUUCUUCACCUUCAGACCGCGCCAUGCUAACGGUUUUAGCUUGUUUCCAGUUUUCACAAUAAGCUAAACUUAGCUAACAGCCGACCAGCUAGCCUGGCUCCGACCAAAAGUAACAACAGCAGCCAACCAGCAACUCUUACAGUGAUCUAUGAACACGUGAUGUGUUUUAUUUUAACCCACAGAAACGCCGAGCUAGGCUAACUGUGUUAGCUGUUCUUAGCUAACGUGCUGAGCCAAGCUAAGCUAAUCCACCGCUGUCUUUAGCCAAAUUAAAGUAUCUUCUUAUCGAAGUUAGGACAAGAAAGCAAAAAUAUUUAUUUACAGAACUCUUGAAGAAUAAAUAAUUAUUUUGGUUUAUGAAAUUACUUUAGUUUGACAGAGUCUCAGUGAAGUCAGGGCUGCAUCGAAGAUAAAAAUCAAGAGAUUUCAAGAUUUAGGCCUUCAUUUUAUUAGCAUUAAAGUCUUAAUUACAGUUGUAAAUGCGAGGAAAAGUCUCAGUGAGCGUAAAAGAGUCACCCCCCCCCAAAAAAAAAGUCUUAAUUGCUAUAAAAUAAAGUUAGAAUUUUACAGGAAAAAAGUUGUGAAAUUUGGAUAAAAGUUUUCAAGAAAAAGUCAUUUGGUUCGAAAAAUAAGUUGCAGAUCUGGAAAACCGACUCAGUGAUUGUUAUAAAGUCUGAAUUUUUGCAGAAAUAGAAACGGAAUCGUCAAAUAAAGUCAGAGUCUUUUAACAAAAAGUCAUAAUGGACAUGAAACAAUUUUUUAAAGAAAAAGUCCCGACAAAGACGAAAUUUAGUCAAGGAUAAUAUCACACUGGUCGUUUGAAGACGUCCACAUUUUUCUAGAAAAAAUCAAAAUGAUAGCGGAUUAAAACUGUUAUGUGACGAACAUUGUCAGAGUUUUAGGGAAAAUUACGAUUUUUGGGGGGGGAAAGUCAAAUCCUACAUGAGGAAAGUCCAACUUUUUCAAUGAAAGUCAUAACAAAGGAACAACAUUUUGAUAGCAGAAUACAGUCGUGAAAAGUUAUGUGACUCGAUUAAGGACAUAAAGUUAUUUAGAAAACUCAAAAUAGUAGAAUAAAUAUUGAAUUUCUCCAGACAAAGUCAGGACAGAGAGAUCUGUGAAACCUCAGAUUUUUAUUUUUAACGUGGCUCUGAUUCUGCGUCGUUUUCCUGUUUUCAAAGAGUAACUUUUGACGUCGUCCGUCUAAACUCUUCCCUUCGAGCCUCACACUCCUCCGUCACACUCCGCCUCUGUUGCUCACACACAGCAGACGUUACUUUUGCCAAAGGAAACUCAUCACCUGCAGUUCACACUCAUUACCUGUGUGGUGUUAUAGAAGACUUCAUAAUGUAGAGGUGAAUGUAUUGAAGGUACCUUAAUGUAAAGCACUUUUAAAUGUUUGUGCGUUAUAGAUUAGUGUGUUAGAAACCUUCCCGGGAACCUGCAGGAGGAGAUGACUGACUGUGGUUCACGGAGGCACACGGACAGAAACCUGAGUCUGUUUUUCUAUCUGAGCUCAAACUAAAGCAGCACAAACAGCAGACGACGGGACUGUAUCCUCUCUGUGUGCUGUGUGGAAUCACUAAACGCUCAGUGUGACGACGCCUCUCUGGACGUUCAGAUUAUCAUUUAUAAUAUUCUGUGAGCUUAGUCUUGAAUGUCGUUAACAUUUCUGUAGAUUCGCUCAAUCCUUUCGUUGACUGUUAAGCAUAAAAACUAAAAGUAUUUUGCUUAUAAAACUUCUUUUAGUCGUGUUAUAACUUUUGCCAAUUUCUUGAAAAGUGCCUAAAUUGCUUAACUUUGACAAAUCAACAGAAAUAAUACCGUCCCGGCUAACAUGGUGCUCAUUCUGGUUCCACGAACAACGAAACACAUCGAUAGCGUGCUUGGAUUUUGCAUUUCAGACACAUGCAGUCGAGCUUGUUUAUGGCAGGGAGGGAGAAGAAAAACACUCUGUCCCUCCAAAAUGGGUUAAAAUGAGUUAAAAGAAGACUUAAGCCUGUUCAUGUCGAGCUUUUAUUUGUGUUUCUGUACAGACAGUGUUUUUGUUUUCAUGUUUUCUCAGAGAAAGGCUUGUUGAACUCAAAGUUUCCCGAUGACUACCACUGUAAUCCCAAAACUUGGAGUAAUAAAACUACUAUACACACUAAAAAUGAACUUUUAUUUA